AUGCUGGCUGCCAUGCUGCGCCAGAGCUCUGGUGGAGGAUCAGGAGGUGGAGGUAGUGGUAGCAGUGGGACAAAACUCCCAUUAGGCAUCACCAGACUCUCCAGCACCGGCUCAAGUCCAGGGAGCCAGGCUGGCGUUGGCCCCUGGGGGCUGGGCAGACCCACUAAGAGCAACUCUAUGAGCUCAGACAGUCCAGAUGUCCCCGCGUCAGACCCAAACUACAUAAUGCAACUCGUCAGCGAUGUGCGCAAGUUUGCUGAUGUGCUCCUGCAACUGAAAGAAGUUUUCAACUCCAAAGGUAAAAAGAUUUAAAAGACAGAAUACUUUCAUUAAUGUGACAAAAUGCAAAAUCCUUUCUGCCAUUUUCAGACUAACUGAAAGAGAAGAGCUGAUUUCUUAAUUUCUUUUUUCAUACCUGAUGCUGUUCAUGUGUCUUACCAACAGAGACUGUUACAAGCUGUUUGAGCUCUAACUGGGAGUACAUAAAAAUGCUUAUAUACUGAAGUUUUUGUGACAUUGUAUUCAAUGGCAGAGAAACAUUAAUAUUUAAUCAAUAGCUUCCAUGAAGAGGCCUCUUUUGGUGAUAUAUAAUGUAUUUGUUCCAGUUGCAGUUUAGAUAGGGUUUUAGUGCUGUUGGAUGCAAAAUUUUAUGUGUGAUAUCUCACUGUAAACUCUGCUGCUCUAAAUGACUGUUUUUGGUUUUUAUGGAUGUGAACCUUUCAGUUACACAAGCGAGUAAUUCUCACCAUUGUGUCAUGCCGUCUCUCACUUCCUUUUGAUGACAUGUUCUCAUCAAUGUGUUCAAACUCGUCCGCUCUUUAGCAAUACAUUUUCUCCCCUUACGACACAUGUAUGUCCCGUACGGUCUGAGGGAGUGUGGAAGGAAAAAUAGUGAAAUGGCGGGGACAGUCAGAGGGGAUUAUAACAGGCUGUAGCUGCCUGUCAGCUCUUGUGUACACACUCUUGUUUUCAUCGCAAUGUACACAGUCCCACGGUUGUCUACCUGUUUUGUCCCUCAGCAGCCUUGGCUACUCGGUCAGUCAACCGGCUUAUCUGACUGUUAGCUGGAUUCUUGCCCUUAUCCAUGAUUCUCUCUGUAAAGUGGAAAUUGUGCUUUUAUUUUUCUCUCCUAAAACUUUGUGAAAGUUUUUGGUUCAUCUCUACAAAUGUAGAAUACUGCAGAUAGUAUCCUGCUCUAGUUCAAUAGUUAGUUGUUUUUAACUUAAUUUUUAACUGCAUGUUUGCAGACAGUUGUUUACCAUAAAACCUGAAACCAUGAACUGGAGGUAGGAGAGUGCAGAUUCUGUCAAAUACAAAGUUUUUCUUUUGUAUCUUUGAAAGAUAUCACUAUUACAAGUGAAGAAAUAUGCAAAUGUUCAAUCAGUGUGAUUCUGAUCACUCACUGACAUCCAGGGAUUCCUGGUUAACGCAACAGCAUUUGUGCGUCUCAGGAGUUCCAGUUCAGUUGCUUUCCCUGUACUCAGGAAACUGUUGAUCGCUGUCACAGUUAGACAUAUAACAACAUGCUCACCUGUGCACAUCCAUUAGAUCAGAGCCAUAGGUCUAUGAUAGUCUUACAGAACCUGGAGCCAUUAGAAAUGAUCUGAUCACGGCACUGCACAGUAAACUAAGUACUUUCACUUGAGUUUGGGUCAGGAACUCUCUCAAACAUGUAUAUAAGAACAAACAGCACAUUGUUUCCCUUUUAAAUAUUCCAAACCUAACUGAACUGGCAGUAAAGAACCCCGCCUUUAAUGCCUCUGAUUGUUCGACACAAUGCCCUGCGAGUCUGUAAUGAAGACUUUGCUCCAUCAGUGAUGAAACGUAUCAUUUAAACCAUGUUGUCGUGCAGGGGCCGGGCUCAGGCACACUCCUCUUUGUGUACAUUUCACAUACCUGACUUGUUGUGUUCUGCAGUGGUUUUUGGAUCAGGUUCAGAUUUAUUAAUCCUGACCUGGUGAAGACAGUGUGAAGAAGACGAGUAUGCUCUGUGUCAUGCCUCCCAGGCACUGGAGAAAGGAAUUCCAGGCUUUUUGUGUGUGCAGAGGUCAGUAAGGUGCUUGACCCGGCUGGACAUGUGGACAUUAUAGAGUAAGACUUGCAGUGGCCACUUUUGAAGUAUGAGAGACUUUUCAGCAACCUGUCAGUGUGUCAGGGAUCAAAGCAGUAAAUCAUCAUGUGCAAGAGAUCUACAUCUGCAGCUCUCAAGGGCCGAGAGUAGCUGCCACCUCAACAAGAAAUUUAUGUCUCAAUUUCAUGCGUUUGAAUGUUUUUUCUUCAAGCAUGACCAACCAAUUAUUUUUUCUGUUCUAUAUUAUGUAAAGUCAUAAAUGCAUGCAACCACUCUUGCAAAGAAGCAAGGUUGUCACGUCUGUAAGCAUUUUGCCUCUCUGCUGAUUAUAAAGGAACCGGUUUGUAAUCUUCACUCAGCUUUCAACUGCAAUGACAGACAUCAUUCCUCAAACAGGCUUAAAAACAAACUACUAAGAAGCUUCAUUCAGCAGCUGUUUGCAGCUCUGUGAACACUGUAACUACAGGCUCAGAUAUGCUAAUGUCGUCACUGAGAUGCCUGCACGUGAUUGUAAAACGCAGAAUUCCCAUUAGAGGCUUAUUUUGGCUAAACACAGGAAAGGGCAGAUUUGGGGGAAUAGGCUGAUUAGGAUGUAGAAAACAGACCUCAGUACUAUUGUGGAAAGAAGCAAAGAGCCCAUUGUGUUUCAGAGUGCAAACCCAGAGAAAUGUGCAGAUAAAUAAGGUAUUUUUAACCACAGCCCACUUUUCUUCUUUGUUGGCACAUUUGAAGCUGCAGACAGAACCAAUCACCGCAGGUGUGAAUCAUUUAGAGCCAAAAACACCAGAUACUGCUGUACUUUUGAUUUACAGAUGUACCCAAACAAAGUCUUUGUUGUUUUUUUUUGUCUCUAACAGUCUCAGGAUUUGAUUGGGGGUAUCUGACAAUGUUAAGCUGCUGAAUGCAGGCAGUCAGGCAGGGAGAUCAGCGACUCCUGUUGUCUGUGAGGUAAAUCACAGUUAUUGCCAACAAAUCCAGAGAAGCUCAAUCCAGCAGCGGUUACUUCUCCAAAAUCAGCAUCUCACUUGUAAUCAUGAAAGGCCUUUGCCAUGAAAUUGGUAAAAGAGUGGAAGACACCAGCUCCAUCAUGCUUUAGAAAUGUAUUGUAUGAACUGGCUUUAGUGAUCCACAUGAGCAACUGCAGAUAACACAAUUUCACCCUAACUGGGAAAAAAUUUCAGGUCCUUUUUGCAACACUUGUACUCAUCUCGACAACACUUAUGUCUUUAUAAUAAUCAGAUAAGUAUUAUAUAAAAUUCGAACUAAUCUGAGCCUAUCAGUGACAGAAACAAAAUCUUCAAGCGGAGACCCUUUGAUUGGGUGGAGGAUUUCGAGCAGACUUCACAGCCUGUUUCAUUGCUUGAGGGAACAAUCUAGUUAAAGAACAAAACUUUUAUAAGUUAUAGUCAGUUAGAUCCCAACAUGUGUAGAAAAACAUUGAAAGCAUCAAAAUCCUCUUUGAUUUGAGCUGAUUUUGACAUUAAAGUGACCUCCUCAUGUUUCUUGGAUUUUCUUCUUCUUGUCUUUAAUCGUCUUCAGAGCGUCAUUCAGGUCUGGCGCUCUAAGGCUUUAGCAGGGAGCUGCUAACAGAUUGUUGCGAGUCACUGACUUGUGCUGUGAUUGGAUGUGAUUUAAAUCCCCCCCCUCUAAUUUAUGGCCAUAUUGUCUCUGCAGAGCCUGACAAUAGUUCAAACCUCUCAUUACCCCGAGCUGCUCACUGAAACAUCCAUGAACCCUCCUCCACAAGAGCAAUAUUCAGCUUAGAGCCCUCGCAACACUGCCGCCAUUAACAGUCAACGAUGUGAGUCUGACACCCAUUGUCCGAGGAGGAAUCCCCAGACUAGCAUGCUGCUGCUAACUGGCAGCUUUUGCAGAAAUGAUACUUUCCCAAGUCAGGAAUAGCUGCAGCCUGUGGGACCAUCCCCUGGGGAGGGUUUCUCCAGCCAAUUCCACUGAGAAUGUUUUUAAGAAGUUUGUUUUCCUACCAAUGCACAGCAUCCUUAAAUGGUAAUUAUAGAGAGGCUGCUGUUCAGCUGUGGCUGGAGUCCAUGACGCAUGACUGAAUCUUGUUUUUUAGCAGUAAGUGCCUGAGAAGAAACUGUUGAUGUGCCGUCAUUGUCUCUGCACAGCCUGCAGACGGAUCUCUACAUUCUUCUUUAAGGUCGUGACCAUGUCUGCUGGGCACUUGUGAAGGACAUGUCAGUAAUUGGAGAGGAUUAUUAUUUUGAAGGUGGGUCUUAACGGGGUCAGAGAGGACGUUUGGAGACCAGUGGAGCUGUGUCCUUUUGUGUUGGUGAGGCUGAGUGGGGCCUCUGAAGCCCCCCAUCAUAAGAUUAGCCUAACAAACAUUUGGUUCUGCUGUUUUGGAGUUGCUGUGUUUUGCAGGAGAUCGUUGGGCACCUCGUCAUCUAUUUUAGGCUUGAGGGUGUUUUGUUGUGGCUGAGACAGGUGUGUCAUCAGUGUUUUCAUGCUUGGAGGCUGCCAAGCAGAAUGAUCACCGAUUCCUGUGCGUCAGCUGCUUACAAAUGAGAACUGCACAGGCAAGGUAUUGAGUGAGGUGAACCAGGUGUCACAGAGACUUUGAUUUGAAUACUGCUCUACAGGAGUUCAACAUUCACUCCAUUUAACCUUUUAGCAUCUGAAUCUGUCUGGUUGUUGAUAACGUUGGCUUUACCUUUUGGAGCCGAUUACUUGUAAUACAACAACAUCCAGGUGUUCUCUUUGUUUAUUUGCAUCUUUUAGACAGUCUGUAGUUUUCUCUUGUGUGCUCACAGCUUUUACUCACACCUUUGGUGUCUUUACACCCAUACUUUACUGAGGAUAUGUCUUAAGAGUGAAUAAAAUCCACACACACACAUCUACAUCCUCAUAUAACUGGCACACAUUCCUUCCAUACCAGGAGAACCAACCUCUGGGUGUUGUUCUAUACUCUCUGAUUUACGGCCCAAAUCACCUCCAUUAGGUCAUAAAUCAUAUUCUGUCAGGAUGAUAACAGGUUAACAGAAUAUUGCUUCAGCCUGCAGCGAGGAAACAGCUCACUAAAAGUGCCCGAUUUUGUUGUUUGUGUCUGAAAACAUGAGAGGGAUAGAUACUGAGAUAGAAGAAGCUGUGUCAGUUCUGCAUCCCCCAUACUAACUCUGAACUUUAGGGGACAGAGGCUUCAGUGUGGUAGCCCCCACCCUCUGUAGCUCCCUUCCUGCAGCUCAACACGAUGCCACAUCUCAGGGCAUAAAAAACAGCUUCAUAUCCAUAUUUUUUGCUCUUUUCAACUUUUAUUUUUAAGCAAUUGCUACAUUUGGCUGUUAAAAGUCCUUACACAAUAGACCUUACACAAUUUCCAGAGGAAAAUUCACAGAUUUAUAUAAGAAGAUCAGUAAAGAGAGAGUAUGUUUUACUUUGUGUAACAGGGGAGGCUAUUACCAAAACAAAGAGAAAGACCUCUAUAGGAGCUUCAAUGUAAUUGAUGAUAUAACUGCACAUAUUAAGAUGUACUAGUUUAUACUGUCUCUGCUGAAGACCAGAGACUCUAACCAAAGUCCACCGGCCUUAUGAUCGCUGUUCAAAAAUUUGCCUUCAUCUAUUCUAUUCUAUUCUGUUCUAUUCUAUUCUGUUUUAAUCUAUUCUUUUCUGUUCUAGCUCAUUCUGUUCUCUUCUUUGUCUUCUAUUUUAUUCUAUUUUGUUUUGAUCUAUUCUAUUUCUUUCUACUCUCCUCUAUUUCAUUCUAUUCUAUUCUGUUCUAUUCUAUCCUGUUUUAAUUUAUUCUUUUCUGUUCUAGUUCAUUCUGUUUUCUUCCAUUUUAUUCUAUUCUAUAAUAUUCUGUUCUUUUCCUCUCUUCUAUUCUUUUCUAAUUUAUUCUAUUCUGUCUGUUCUGUUCUAUUGUUUUCUACUAUAUUCUAUUUUAUUUUAUUCUAUUCUGUGUUUGUUUUGUCCUAUUUUAUUCAAUUAUAUUCUUUUCUUAUUCCUUUAUUGGUCAUCUGUUUGGCCCCCACCAUAUUUGAUCUAAACUUAGCAAUUUCAUUUUCAAAGUCCCAAGAAAAAUCUUUGAAUCUUAAAAAUCUGAGCCUGUUUGUGGAUAUGCUUCUAUUAAUUGCACAGUUUUAAUGCAUCUAUCACAGUCUGCUUCACGGCUGCAGUCUAAAGUCUAAAGAGAUCUACUAAGUUUUUUCAAACUUUAUACUUUUUUACUCACUGAAACCCCUGAAAUGUGUGUGCUGCAGCUCUCUUUGCAUGCAGCUCAUGAAUGUCAGCCCAUUAAAAGUUGGUGGUGCUGAUUCCUGUGCGGAGAACCAUCGGGCUAUCGUGCCAGUAAAAGUAAACAUUGCUCAAUCUCUGGCAUUCUUUCUAGGAAGAGAAAGAGCGCAGUUUGUGUGCAUUAAUGCUUCAAAGUUCCAGCAUCAUUAGUCACUCUUUAAUUCAGGAGUGUAUGACUCAUAUGCCCCGCCUCAUUUUGUCAGCUGUGUGUUUUCCUUUGAGUCAUGAGUGUCCUCAGUUAAUCAGAGUGGAGUUUGUUGUCUCUGUGCUCACACUGAAUGUGUGUUUCUGGAUUUUAAUCAUUAACAGGAUUCUACUAAAAGUGUCCUCGGGUGUUGGGUAGCACUCAGUGACACACUGUAAUAUAGCUGAUCAUUCACUGAGGUGUACUAUUUUUACUGCUUUGGAGAAACAUUACAAUAGUGUUUCAUUUGAAAUUGCUGGAUUUUUGUGUCCUUUUGAGUCUUUAGUGGAAAGAUUCAGCAGGUUUGUGGGAAAUAAGUGUUGUUUCUCUUUUUGGCUGUCUGUUGAGUAUUGUGCUGUGACGCUGAAGCUUUGUGGGAAAGUGAUCCUGCACUGGCUCCUCAGAGAAAACCAAAAAUGCUAUUUAAGUGAUUUGUAUUCCAAAUCACCCCUUGUGAAAUACCAGCCUAAAAUUAGCCCUACUUGGGCUUUUCACUGACCAUUCCCAACUUUCCUAAUGGCUGUAACUGAGCGCUCUGUUUAGACAGACUAUCCCACAGGGUCUAGGAUGCACUGUAAAGCACUCCGUGCUGCUUCUCCCGUCCAAAAAGUUCCUUUUAUGGCUCUUUUUUACUGAAGCCAUAUUUAAAGCGACUGUAAAUAACCCCAAAGCACAAGACGACCUGUCCUCCUUACUUUAAAGUGGGCUCUUAAAGAUCAAGUUUUUGAGUCUGGUCCCAUAGCUGAAGUUCCCAAAGAUCUCGCUUUAAUCAUUCAACUCUCUUAUCAGGAUAACUAAGCUUCCUUACAGGGAUUAAUUGAAUUAGCUUAAUUGUACUGGAUGACUUUACCUUAAGAGUACAGGGAUUGCGUGAGAGGGUCUCCCUCUGGGAUUAAAAUGCAGAGUGUUGGACAUAUGGCGGCUCCGUUUAUCCUCUCUGCUUCAGGAAACAAAACAUGAAAUUAUAAAGUGUGCAGAGAUUUAUCUUUCAUGAUCCUCAUUGUGUUGCAGUUAUGGCAGCCUGUAUGCAGGUGGAAAAUCCAUGCUGACCUGUCAAGUUUUAAAGCCUGACUACACGUGAAGAUUUGCAAGUUGUUUUCAAGUUGUUACCCGAGGAAGCUCUUCUCUCUCCUUCCUUCCCUCUGCUAAAGAUUUAUAGUUAUGGGCUCUGUUUUCACAGGGCCAGCUUUGUUCCAGGAGGCUGUCGCUGUCUACCACACACUGAGAUAAAGCUCCCACAGUACACAUGAGGAGCAAAGGAUUGUGGGCCCUAAAGGGGCUGCAGUUGGGAGAGUACAUACUGCAGAGUUUUUAUGAACACAGUUGAAGCUUUUUUGAAAGUAUUUUGAUAAAAGUAGUAUUGUUUAAAUGUGGCACAUUUAACUAACACUCAUUUGGUUGCGUGACCACAAGAUCUCCCUCACCCCGCGUGGAUUAAGACUUUGAAACAAAGAAGGCAAAUUUAUCCCUAGAAUAAUCUCAAGUAACCCCUGAAUCUGGGGUCUCUACCCUGCGUGGGAUUAAAGUCAUGUGGAAUUAGGCAGGGCCACAUUAUAUUGAAAUCCUGCACUUUGAACAUGUGCAGUGCAAAUGAACCAUCCACUAAUACAGCCAAUACAAUCGAAGCAUCUACCAGCAGAGAUGUGAAAGGUAAUGAAGUCCCAGUGCUAAUAUUUACACUCUGUGAUUAUUAAUAACUUAUUCAUUAGAAACCUUUUAGGUGGGUUGUUGUGGAUGGAGUUUUGCAGGCAGUCUCCAUUGCUUUUGCAGCAGACUAGCAGUGUUGCCUCUUUCACAAAAACUGUAAAUGUUUGAGGUUUGAAAGUGAAGUGACAUCCAGUCCUGCCUGAUUUAGGGUUUUCAGCUGCUUCUUUGUCCUAUUUUUUGUGUCAUGUAACCCAAAUGUUUUCAGUGGGUGACAAGUCAGGACUACAGGCAGGCCAGUCUAGCAGCAGGACUCUUCUCACAGAUGUGGAAGCUACCCAUGCCAUGGACACUCAGGGAUACCUUUAAGCACUGUGUUCACAGACAAUGAAACCUGAAGUGGUUUUGAGCCCAUGCAGUGAUUCCUAAUACAGAGUCCUGUCUGUUUUUAAUACAGUGCUACCUUAGACCAGAUUUUCAGAAUUUUUGUAUGAUAUUAUGAACUGUAGAUGAUGAAAUCCACCGAGUCUUUGCUGUUUCACACUGAGGAACAUCAUACUGGAAAAGUAGAACUAUCUGCUUACACAGUCUCUUUCUCUGGAUGUCCAUUUUCAUACCCAGUCAUGUACUAACCUGUUGGAAAUCAACCUCAUUCAUUUGAGAUGUUCCUCUAGCUAUUGUUUAGCAAAAAACUUGGCAAAAGAUUUUAGCUCUCCCUGUCCUGCAUUUUUUCAAGUGUUAAUGGUACUACGCUCUGAAUGAGCCUCAGUAUUAUGUAAUCAUUUUUUUUUUUUCACCCCAAAAUUUUGGGGUUUAAUUUAAAGAGGCUCAAAGUAUGUUUUUAUCAGUAUCUUACUCAGUGUCCAUACUUUUUGGGCUUGUCUAGCUAUCCUGGUUAUAAAUCUGCCUGUUGUUGAUCAAAAACUUGCUACCAACGAUUGAAAGUGUUUUUGAAGAAACACUGAGUGAAAACAAACAAAGAGACUAAAGAAAACUUCAUGUUUUAGUCAACGCAGAAGUUUUAUUAGUCAUAUGGAGCUGAUGUAAAAAAAAAAAAAAAAAGGGUUAUUGGGCAUUUCUUCUUUCACAACUUUCUGUUCAGAAACUCAUAUAUUUAUUUUUUUCACAGAGGAACAGAGACCCUGUUUGAUGUAGAGGUAAACAGCUUUAGUGUGAGGCACCACCAAGUGGACCAAGUGGGGUCCUACCCUGUCUUUUAAGGCUCAGAUUAGUUUGUAGAAUGGGUUGCGGGGGGGGGGGGGUUCUUUUGGGAUGUGAUUGACUUUGUCAAAACACAGACAACAAUACAUCACUUGGAUCACCUUCUCUGAACUGAUAGCAGCUUCCUAGAACAGAUCUCCUCUGCUUCUCUUCAGCUUAAGGAGCUUUUAAAUCUGCAUAUUACAUAAGCAGCAGUGGAUGAAGAUGAGGCCUCUUUGCAUCCAGCACUUCACAGGACCGAUCAGUAUCAACUCUGAAGCUCAUAGUUCCUGCGGCUGCAUGUCUACAGGAGUAAAAACAGUCCCUCAAACAAAGCUGAUCAUUUACUAGAACUGAAAACAUUUUCCUUUAGCUGAAAACACCCAAAAAAACACCUGAAAGUUCAGAGACACUUGAGGUUGAUUCAUUUUGAACAUCUGCUCAAUGAAAUAUCUUGACAGUUAUGAGGCCAAGUUUUCGUUUGGUGCGGACAUUCUUGCACACAAAGCCCAUUCUGUCAGGAUUAGGAUGCUGGUAAAGCUACACAGUGUCCUCUUGUUCUCAAUGCUGUGUUUGCCCCCCAACCUCAGCCCCUCACCUCCCAGUUCAGCCUCUUGACAGGUGUACUGAAGGGGCCCAUCAUUGUACUGGUUGGACAGCUCUCCCAUCUCUCCAGCCCGCUGAUGCUCCUUUACACAGCUUUGAGAGCAACUGUAGUCUCUUCAGCCUAAUGCCUGAGCGUUUUGGCUGCCAGCUAGAGGUUGCACGGUGGGGGGAUUUGCAGUUUUUCUUAAAGAAAGCAUAGUUGGAAUGCCAACCUUCAGAGCUUUGCAUCAACAGUAGGCGGUGGUGGCGGCGGUGGUGGUGGGGGGGGAUCAAGAGAGAAAGGUUGCCUGUCUUUCCUCGCUGUGACAGACAGCUCCAAAGAGAAAUGAAAGAGAGGGAAAAACAAAAUUCUUCACUCCACACUGGGCGUCUCAUUUAAAUGUGAAGGACUAAAGAGAGAGAGAGAGUUUGUUGACUUGAAGGAAAUCCUGGAACAUUUUACCCCUCUUCGGUUUGAUUUUUUUUUUUGCCUUUUCCUUAUCAGAUUUUCAACACAUUCAUCAAAUGUCACUCUAAGUCAAACUUAGUGUCACGCAUUUCCUACCUCCAACCUCCAUUGAGAGUAUUUCCUUUCACUUUGGCCUCCUUGAGCUAACAGCUAACAAGCCUGACAAAAGCAGACACCUGCAGAGAGGCAACAGAAAAGCCCCCCACCUAGGUGGAAGGUGCUGUGUGUCUAGCCUCGGGCUUCUUUUUUAAACGCCAGCUCUUUGUGGAAGCAGUCAUGGGAAAAAGAGCUUCAAAGGUAAAGCAACGGGGAAUGCCUCCGUUUGAGCAUUGAGGUCUGCGAUGGCAAAGUUUCCCCUGCCUUUUACCAGCUGCAUGUAAUCUGCUAAUCCGCAGAGUGGACCGCCGGUGGUCUGUCGACAGAGGUGGACCAGGGCCACUGACCGCAGCAGGAAGUGCUGAAAGGAGGGGGAAUAUCAAGGGAUCUAUGGGCCACCCAUUGCAUCGACCCUGCCCAAGUGUUAAAGGUUAAGUGGACCCAUUUUGCAAGGUCCAGUUGUGGUCGGCAUUUUUUGCAUCGCACACAAAUACCUGAGUGAAGAUGUGGUAGAGGAGAAGGGGUGACGGAGAGGAAUGUGGCAUUUCACCUUAGCCAAUUAGAAGAAGAAUCCAUUUGGUUUCUGAGUCAUGCAGUGAUUGAUUAUUAGACCCACAUUUAGGGAUCUUGUCUUUUGAAGAGUCUCAAAGAGUCCCUUGAACCUCGCCACAAUGUCUUUGAACAGCAGCCACAAUUUGGCCGAUCUGGUUGAGUAGCAGGAAUGUCCAGCUGUGGUCGGACUCAAAGGGACCCACUUCUAGGUUUUGAGUGACACUCAUCUUGGCUAACCUGUCCAACAUCCUCUAUAGCCCCCCCGUCCAAGCUGCUUCCAUUUGAUCGGACCUCUGCAGACCCAGUUGUGACAUGUUUAGUGAUUUCACACUUGCUUUGUAGCAAUAAGCACCCCUCCGCUCCCUCAGAUGUUUUGAACCAUAAAUAAUACAUUGCUCCCACCAUUUGUGAUGCAUGACUGAGCUUAGCUAGGGUCAGAGCGAAAGGAAUGUUGCCAAGUCAUUUCACGGCAGGUCCAAGUGGAGGGUUUGUGCUUGAAAGAGUCAAGUUACUGGCUCGUAGCUGGAAGAAGUCAUUAAGUUCCCUCAUGGAGCAUCAGCAUCCUAAACAGUUCAUUUUUAACAAUGCAGUCUGUGCAUUAGAAGAUAUAAGAGGAAAAAAGUCUGCAGGAUUUUUUUUUUCUUUUUUUGGGGCGGCGUUUGAACCGUAUAAAUGUUCAAGAACUUACUUAAAAAUCCUUUGCUUUGUGUUGUCAUCACACCUCAAAUAAGAAACCAAAACCUUGCAGGUGUGACUUUAAAUAAGAUUUAUAUGUGAAUCAAAGUCCAGGAUGGAACUUUUCCAACUUUUCUAAACCUCUAGCAACAUCUCAUGCAUGACACAAGCAGAUCCAAAUCUGUACAACUGUAAGCAAUCCAAGAUCCUGUGGGUGUUUGUUCCUGAUUAUUGUUAAGCCUCUGAGAGUGAUGAGCAACACUUGUCAGCUUCAAACAAGCUUAAAAAAACUAAAAACCUUGAGAUGUUGAAAUGAGGUGCCCACAUUCAGAUAUCUACCUCUGGAAAUGAAUGAAAACGAACUUUUGUGUGUUGAGCCCAUGAGAUCAGGGUUGUAUUUUUGGAAAAUCUGGUCUGUUUCUUUUUUCUUUUUUGCAUGGGCUUAAAGCCUUAUCAGUCAUUAUUGGACAAGUCUACUCAGGAUGACAGAAACCAGAGCACUCUUCCAAAAUGUUUUUGGUCUUUUAUGGAGAUAAUACUGUGCUUAACUUGCUGGCAGGCUUUGGAUCUUUACAGAGGCUGGCACAUAGGAGGGAUGUCAAACAAAGACCUAAUCAGUUAAGGAUGUCACCUCUUUAUCUAUCCUAAAAAACCUUAUCCAUCCCUAAACCUGCUUUCUUAGUGAUGGCCAAAAACAGGCUAUGAAGAAACUUGUAAAAAAUUGUCCUACUUCUCAGCAGAUUUAUUCUCUCUGUAAAUACUUCCUCAUGAGUUUAUGGUUGGAGUCUCUUGUUUCCAGUCUUCUCCUGAAAAGCUCAAACUGACACAUUAAUUGAUUCACCAGCACCAUGUAUCAGUAUCUGAAUUGAAAAACUGGUGCACUGAACAGAUUACCGAGUUACAUCACUUCUUCACUCCUCGUUGGGAAGAUAAAAACAUAAACAAGGAUGAUGAGAAUAAAUUUAAUUGGCUGAAGAAGUUGACAGCAGGAUGCAGGCAGAGUUAAGAGACACACCAACUUAUUUCAAAAUAAGGAGAAGGAAGAAAAACAUUUUGUUAUUGAUGCUGGGAAAGAGUGAGAGAUGUACUCCUAAAUCAUAUUUUUCUCAACUCAACAGUUUUGUUCAGUAAAUUUGAUGAAAAGUCUAAAAACAGGAACAUUGUUUCAUCUCAGUGAAUCCAGUGUGUUACAGUGAGAUGUUUUACUCGUUGAUUGUCUUGAAACACAGAAUUCUUGUCAUAUUAUUUUUGACCAUGUAUCCCAUCUCUGGUCACCUGGUUAAUCCCAACACUAUCAAUUCACUCUUGGGUCAAACCAAAAUAGAGUCAUGGCGUUGUGUCUCCAUCUUCUUGUUCACCCCUGACCUCCUCAAAAUUAAAAGCAAAAUAGUGAUUGCCAAACUAAUAAAAGUGAGGUUCAAAAAUGGUGUUUUUUUUUUUUUUUUUUUAACAGAGUUCACAGUUACAUAAAAAAGAUCUCAUUUAAAAGCUGAUGAAGUUACCUGAUGGCUGGAGGAGGAUGCAGGAAGUCUAAAAAAGUCCCAGACAAAGAAUAUUUCCUGCUCAUCAAUCAUUACUGUCAUGACACUUUUCUGACUGAUUAGUGAUUUUUGAUCUUUUUUUUUUAAUCCCAUCAAAUCUUGGAUCAAGAUAUAAAAAGAUAUAAGCCUUUGGUGCCAUGUUCUCAAAUUUAAGUCCCUAAAUGAAACUGUCAGCCCCUCUCUGAUGAUCAGUGUUUUGGUAUUUAGUUGUCAUCUUGAUGGCGAAUGAUCCGACAGUGUUUUCAUUAUGGAUCCCCCCUCACCCCUUGCUCCUGUGUCCCCCGUCCCCACUCCCAAACAAGAGGCUGGAAUGUUGGGUUUCCAUGACGCUAAUGAAGUAAAAACCUGGCUAUGUGUUACUGGCAGCCUCAGAGCGGCUCCUGAUCCGCGGCCUCCUUCUCAUCAGGAUCAGAGUCUGAUCCCCCUGCAGCCUUCAUUCAGCAGGGCUUAUUAUGCCCAGGAAUGUCCCUCUCACUCUCCACCUCUCAUAACCCCCACUGAAGCAGGGAAGUGGGGUGCAGGGGUAAAUUUAGGACAAAUCCCAAGGGAGAGUGCUACCCCAAAUAACAUCCCCCUCCACCCUAUCACUCCUUACAAUCCUCCCACUGCUAACCAUCACACCCGGACAAAGACACAUACUCAAAUCCCUCUUUCCCGUGCAAAGUGAAAAGCAGCCGAUGUGAUUUAUUGUUCCAUAAAUGCUUCAUGUGGCAGGCCCAUGAGGCGACCGGUUCCUCUGUUUGCUAGCGGCCCCCAGGACAAUAGUGAGUUUUCGGUUCUCAAACAAAUCCUCAAGGAAAACCCAGCGGUCUUCCCAGGCGAAAACAGAACAACCUUCCCCGUAACUUGUUUGUUUUCUCCCAGUUUGGUCUGAGCUAAUAUUUGAGCAUUGAAACACCUUCUGUUAUGCACCUUCUUUUUGCACAGAGAAACUUCCUUUCAAACUUUCUUCCCAUACCUCGAUGGGACAAAACCAAACUGAAACAAAACACACGAAUCAGCUGUUCCUUUUCACUGACGGGAACGGCUCUUCUUUUCUUUGUGUGUCUCCUAGAAUGGCAGUCGAGGGGUUAAAUAAUCAGUCUCUGUACAUUAUCCUGUGUCCUGCUGGGCUGGUGGACGCAACCAUAAUGUCUUGCUAAUUAGCCUCCAUUUAGGACGGUCCAAUAGGCCACACAGCCACCAUUGAUGGAGGACUGAAGCCCAUGGAGCUUUGCAAAGGAAGAGCCUGUGUCUCGUGGGCAUUCAUGGUUCAGUCUUGUCCUUAAUAAACCUCCAGCCUGCCGGGCCUGAUGCCUGCAGGAUUCAGGAUUCAGUUUCUCCAUCCAUGAAUGGGUGUAUAGGCUGUGCUGGGAAGAUUUAGGCUAUUGUGUGUGUUUUGUCCUUGACAGGAUAAUGUCCAAAAAUGGGAUCUAAACUGACCAGGACUGAUUGACGGCUUAAGGGUUGAAGCUGCUCAUUGAAAACUGUGACCCCUAUCAAAUGUUUGUAUGUUGAGCUGUGGGAGAAAAAAAGUCUUUGAGGAGAUCAGGUUCAGUUAACAGGAGAAUAUUAUCCCCAAAAAUGAGCUUCUUUUUGCAUUUUAAAGCUUCUUUUUGCUUAACCUGAUGUGUUUAUCAGCCCUCACAGAGCAGACCUCCUGAAACUAGCUUCAAGUUAAAAGUUUUUUGGUUUAUUUUUAUAUGUACAAUUGAAACCACAACUGCAAUUGAGUUGAAGUGCUGUACAAGCUUAAAAAGACACAAUCAAAAAAAGCAAAUAAAGUGUAAAGGAUACUAAAAACACAAUAAAAACACACUAAAUCAAAGCAAAUAAAAAUGUCAGAGUUGUCUCCUUCAACUCACAUUAAGAGUCGACUCUAAGAGAUGUGUGGCAGGUGUGAGUUUAAACUUCCAAGAGUCUGAAAGGUUCCUGUAUUAAAACAGUUCCUCCAUCUCCUCUGGUUUAUAGCCUGGAUCUAGACACAGAGUAGCAGCAUCUGCUGUGUUGACCUCUGCUCUGGCUGGGGCAUGCUGGUGCAACAACUCAGACAAGUAUGACAGUGCCAGUCUGUGAAAGCUUCCAAAAACAAGACACCAAAUCUUAAACUGGAUCCUGAAACUGACAGGAAGCCAGGAAUGUGAUGUGAUCCUGUUGACUCUUCCCUGUCAAAGUCAGUUUCUGGUAGUUUUGGAGCUGUGGGCAGGUGUCAGGUCCCACUGGGAGAGGAAAUAUGUAUCUCCAUAAAGCUUCUCAGUAGAUGAAGCAUGAAGGUCUCUGAGUCCUCCUGGUAGACUUUAGGUUGUGGUGAGUGUGGACUUGAUAAAACGCACAAGACCAACAGCCAGCCUGUUCAGCUGUGACCUUCUGUGGCUCACCCUCCUUGUGCAGGGAGUCAGUUAUCGUCCUCUGGACAACUGUCAGGUCAGCAGUCUGAACCAUGACUGUGGUUGUGUGUACUGAAGCAGAGUAAGAUGAUAAAGGCUCAGUAAGUGUUCAGAGUGAAUUAGCUGAAUUAGCUUUUCAGGACUAAAAUACCUGACAAGAACCUGGACUUUUCCUGUUUCUUGUCAGUUUUUUAUUUUUAUUUUCGUGAGCUGUAAGCCAUAAUUAUCAAAAGUCUUGGAGUAUUUCUCUUUGUGUGUUGAAUGUGGAAUGUAUGGAAGUUUCACUUUUUGAGUUAAAUUUAGGGAAAAAAUGAACAUUUUGGGGGACAUUAACAUUUCCUGAGCUGCGCCCGUAUAUUUGGUUUGGAGGGAGGGCAGCCUUUACCUUGUUCCAAAUAUAACAGUGAAGGUAAGCCAAACACCAAAUCCAGUAAUCAGUUUUCUUUUAAAUUCAACAAGUUAAACUGCAUCCAUUUGUUUUGCAAAAUGAAUUUUACAAAGAAAGCUAAGCUGUAAAAUGAUUAAAUGAAAUCAUGCCCCAGCAUUAGCAGCAGCUCAGACAUGGAAAUUAUUAGUCUAGUUAGUUAAUACAACGUUUAAAUUGGAAUUUCUCCACACUCUGGAUUUUGUUUGUUGGUUGAGUUGCAGGUAAAGAGAUUCUGGGGAGAUGUUUUAUUUAGAACUAAAAAUCAAAGCAAUAAAACUUAAAGGAUACAAUUUCAGACCUUUAAUACAAAGCGUGAAGCAGACGCCCUCUCAUAUCCUUUUAUUUUCUUCCGACUUUUCAAAGUUUAAGGGCUGAAAAUAGUAGGGCCGUAAAGUCCCAGUCGACUGGUGGACUUAUUGGUCGAUAUGUGCUGAGUCGACCAAAAUUCUGAUUGGUCGACUCGAUUUUUUUCGUGUCAAUUUACAGUCUAUGGUUAAUUUCAUCAAGAGGAAUGUACCAAGUCCUAAUGGGGGUGUUGUCAGAUCACCCCCUUUCACAGGUAACAGCCUGUCUCAGAACAACUCCCUUGUUUUGACCAUUUUGGAUUUGCCAAAAUGUCAACCAAGAAUUUCUUUUGUUGAUUACAGCCCUAGAAAAUAGAAACACUUCAUUCAGAAGUAAUGUCAUGGGAACUGAGAGAGGACUGCAUGUCCUUAUGGCAUAAAAUAAGCAGUUUAUCUUUGUCUCUCAGGGUUGUAUACAGUCAUUUUUCACUGACAGAGCACUCCAAGCUGCCCUCAAAGAGGUCGACUUCUUCUGUUUGCUCCCGUGCAUUGGUUGUUUGGGAUUAUUAUUGAGCCUCGGUCCGAUGUGUGGCAGUGCCAGAUCUCAGCACCGGCCCUUUUCCUGCCUCGUGGGGAGCUGGGCAGCUGAAGAAAAGGACGAGGUGCUUUCGUCAUCAAAAAGCACUCGGUCCUUGGCACGAGAAGGAGCUGUGCAUGACAUGUGAUGAAGAUGGAUGAAGGUGGUUGCCAUGGUGGAGGAAAGGACUCUGCAGGUCCUGUGGAGCAGCUCUUGGCCGGCUUGGAGCAGCGGGGCAUGUUGGCAGAGAGGAGUUCAUGUUGAGAGGAACAGUCUGGGAUUUGUGCUGGUCUUAUGUAAUCAUUUCAGGGUGUCUGUCUGUCGGGUUUCAGCAGACUGUUUGCAGAGGUGAUGUGUGUCUGUGUGGAUCCAUUUCCUCUCACCUGAGAAAACCUUCAACCUUCUGAAGGUGGUGUUUCCCAGCAUUGUUGCACCCUAUGUAAUCACUCAGAUCUCUGAGUUGGAGUGGGUCACUGUUGAUUUCACACUGUGUCCUGAUUGGCUGCAGUCAGGCCGUCAGGGAAACAGCAGAAAAAACAUUGCAUGUUUGAGUGAACCAUAAUGUUUAUCCAGGAACCAAACCAGAUAAUGUUAUACUUGACUGAUAAGAUGAGCGUGGCAAAAGGCUGGACUGUGUGUGUUGAUAAUUCUGAGGUUAUAGUUGCCUCUGUUCUGAAUAUUAUCUACCAUCACUAAGUCUGAAAGCUACAUGUGUGUAAAGCAUUGAAUAGAUCCACUGUAGGACUCGAAUUUGAAGAGAUCUGUCUCAAACUAUUCUUAUUUUUUUGUUAGUUUUAUAAAGAUAAAGUUUUAAAAGCUUCACUGGAGGUACUUUAACUCUGCAACCUUCAUCCUGCAUCCACUGCGCAGUAAAAGCAGUUUCUCUCCUGCUCUGUUAACAAACUCCAGAUAAUACAGCACUACAUUGAUGAUAUUGUUGACUUUCUUUUUCUUUUUUUACCUUACUGUAAUGACUGUGUUAAGAGACUUUCUUACACCCUAGAGCUUUUUAGUGCUGGGCAAUAUGGCCUGGGAUGAGUAUUAAUUCAACUUUUUUCCCUUGAUUUAAUUGAGGAACAAAUUUAAUCAGCUUGUGUUUUGAAAUCUCUCACCUGAGAUUUCAUCAUUACAGCUAGGGCUGUCGGGGAUACAAUAUUGAUAUCAGAUAUCGGUCCGAUAUCAGCCAAAAAACAAAUCUCGGAUUAUAUCUGCCUGCAUCUAAAAUCUCCAAUAUCAGCACUCCAAUACAAACAGUCCAAUCCAGACUCCACUCUGGCACCUCUAGCUAGCAGUGCCUGGAUCCAGCUCGCAGCGCCCAUGUAAUCACAACAACAGUGCAAAACUGUAGUAAAGGAAUAGAUAAUAAAAGUAUCACCAGAGCGUUAAAAUACCCAGAAUAACUAACACAUGCAAGAUUAUUUUGGGUAGAGUUUCUGAGUGUCAGUUUAUAUGUAGUUUGUGGUUAUAAUAGGAUUUAAUAUGCAAUGCAAGAAAGGAAAGUCUAACACUGGACUGAAUGAGGUGUUUUUUCCCCCGAGAAGAUUUGCGCCAUGAUGCUUUACACUGCUGUGAGGUCAACACUUGGCGUGGAGCUCUUUCGUCCAGGAGCAGACAGGACUGCUCUUUGUGUCCAGAGCAAAACUUGACCUAGAUCAUAAUGUUUCCAAACACUUGCUUUUUUAGGUUCAGGCACCAGAGAUUCUUGCUUGAAUUGAGAGGAAGAUGAUAGUUUUUUGUUGCAGUAUUUCACAGGGCAUGCUCAUGAUGCUGCAGGCUGAAAGCUCUGUGUUUCAUCGUUUGGUUUUUAGAGCAGAGCUGCACAGUCACAGCACUGCACAGUUAAAUGCAGCAGAUAUGAUGCUAAAUAAUGCACCCACUCAGGCAACUUUGCUGCAAACCACCAGCCACCAAACCAAAGCUGAAAUAGAGUCUCAGGGAUGAGCAGAGUGCAUAUUUCUGUGGUGCAUGAAAACAGUGAGUGAGUGCAUGAGUGUCAGAGCAUAUUUUGUGUUGUCUUCGGUGCUUUGUUCAGGAUGUUUGAUGACUGUUUUGUUGUCGAGACCUGCUGGUCAAAGUGAACUUGUCACCUGCUGCUCUGUUGGCUGGAUUUCCGGGUCAGGGCCUCAGCUAGCAUUGUAACGAUGGACACGCGGACCCAGAGUUAUUAGCCCCGCUGGCGGCACUGUUUGUCCCGCUCCAAAAAAGAGGGCUGAUGAAUAAAAGACAAAAUGGGAGACAGCUAAAGUCUUUCUGAUCCCUGCUUCCAUGGGGGGGUAAUCCAGGGGUGAUCGUCAGCACAAAUGUAGCUUUGACGGCCUGCAUCCAUCCCCUGUGUUUGUGUGUGCGUGUGUGUGUGUUUUCAGGAUUGUGUUUUACCUAUGUUUGCAGAGAGCUGCAAUAAGGCCUGACCUAAAAUAAAUCAAAAUUAACACGUGAGUAUGAUUGCAACAGUUGGAGCAUGAAAUGAUGAAACCACUGGCCAAGCAGCUUACCACAUAUCUAGUGUGAUUACAGCUGAGCAACCUGAUAGUUUUGCCAAAUGUGUGUUUUUAUGUGAGCGUGUUUGUGUAGCGGAGACAUGUCCCCCUCUCCUAUCAGUCAUACUCGCUGUGUCAGGGCUGUGUCACACUCUCCUGCAGCCCUCGGUAGUUUCCCUGUAAGUAGUAAAAAUCAGUAGUUGUAGUUCACGUCCUCAUUUUCAUUUUCUCAUUCAUGACCUCAUUCAUGAAGUAUGCAAAGAGCAGAGAUGUCAAGGUUACUUGAUAGCAGAGUGCUUUUCUUCCUUUGUAGACGGAGAUGACUCAGUGUGAGUAAAGACCCAUUUAGUUCCCACAGUUACAUCCCUGAGAUCACCAGGUUUGCACAGACUAACUAAGUGCUAACUGAGUGCAUAAAUAAACAUAGUUUCUGUUUGCUUCUUCGGCUAUUUUCAGGUGAAGACCCGCUUUAAUUUUGGUGUAAGGUUGGCAGGAGUCAGACAUGGUCAGUCUAAAAACAAACAAAGCUGCACUGUCACGCAGUAAUCCUGUUUCCAGGAACGUUGCACCAUUCAUUAAAGCAGAGGGAUUGUUAAAAAAGCUGCUCUGGUUUUUGGGCACAUGAUGGUGAAGCUUUGUUGUUACAAAACAGAGAAAUCUUACUGAAAGCACUGUGGGAAAUGAGGACAAAGUAACAGCCUGAGAAAUUGCCAGAAAACCUUUUCCUUUUCAUAUUUAUGUUUUGUCAUGUUUUGUAAUUGUGUUAUUCUCCAACUAAAGUUCACUCACUCUUGUUUUAUUUCACAUAAAUUAAAAGUUAUUGACAAAUGUCAAACUUUUCCAGCUCUGAGAGUUAAUUUGAUCAUAUUUCUGUGCUCCUAUCUUUCCAGAGCACCAGGAUUGCCUCCACCAGGCGGCCCACGAGCGUCUCGGUGAACUCCUGCGAGUCCUGAAGGCCAUUAUCAGCAAACACCAGAGCCUGAACUCGGUGGACAUCCUCAGUACAGCUGGAACCGUCAUUGCCACAGUCAAAGGUCAGCGAUGAUGAUUUGAUCAACCACACAUUUAUCUCCCAGCUUCCCUGUAAAACAUCCAUGCUACUCCUCCACUCUUUCUUUGGUCUGUUUUCUGUCUGGGCUUAUCUAACCCCCUCUGCUCUGACAGUUUUAUCUCUUGGAUGUCCACUAUGACUCUGUCCUCUCUCACUCCUUCCUCCCGAGGUUUCUUCCCAGGGAAUGUUUUCUAAGAAGUCCUCUUGUAGCUUCAAAGUAACGCAGUGUUUAAAAUGCAGCAGCGUGAGUUAAAACUUCACUCAGAGAGUCAGGAAAUAAUAUCUGGGAGUCAGAUUCAGAAGGCAGAGAGACACGGGUGUCUUUUGUAUGCUGGUCCAGAGGGAACUACACAGAGGAAUCCUUUUCACUCCCUGAGAUUAUGAUCAGGCAUGCAGGUCCGUUCUUAACUUGGCCGACACACAAGAAUCCCCCCCGAGUUUACCUCGUCUCCAUUUGCAUCGCAAAGAGGAGCUGCCCGGCUUUCUGAGGAGCCUUCACGUAAUAAGGAGCGGUGACAUGGUGAGGAGGACAGAGCAGGAGCAGGAUCAGAGUGUGAAUGAAGCUUACCUUCACUGAAAUAUUUGGAAGGAGUCCACACACACACACACACACACACACACACACACACACACACACACACACACACACACACACACACACACACACACACACACACACACACUCUCUCUCAAAUGGGUGUGUGCAUUUGAACGCCAUAAACUAUAAUUAGGUGUAAGAAAACUUCGUCAUUCAUGCAGCAGCUUGACUUUUAGUGAGUCAAUCAUGUUCAAACUCGGUGACGACUCUCCGCUAAACAAAGGCUGAGAUCUGACAGCUUGAUAUCCGGAUUCAUUACAUAAAGAUUGACGUCUUUUAUGAACUUGUUCCAUAAAAUAAAAAUCAUUUGACCUUUUGUGAGAAGAGGAGCUCUUCAUGAUACUGUUAAAAUUAGAGCUAACUAGAUUGGUGGUGCCGAUUUACAGGAGCACUUUAAAAGCAUUUUGUAAUCAUUGACGGAUGUCUGUUCCGUCUAAUAUCUGCAGACAAUGCAGGCAGCUUUCCUCCAGUAAACUCAUAGAUGGUUUGCAGUGUAAUUUGUGUGAAUUAAGUUUUAAUUUCUCAAUGUUUUUGUUCACAGAGUAAGUAAAAGCCCUUGCUUGUUGGCUAAUUAACAUUGUAGCUAUUUAUGAAGAGGUUAAAGAUCCGCCUCUGGUAGUUGGACUAAAAGUUGGGUUGUGUCAUCAUCAAUCUUAUGACGACCACCACCGAUGGGCAUCAAAAAUGCCACUUCAGAAACAAAUGGGUGACGUCACCAACACAAUGUCUAUUUAGUAUGCAGUCUAUGGUUCUUCUGGUAUUAUAUAUUGGCUGUCAUAUGUGCUCAUGUAACAUAAAAUAUGACCCGAUCUCCUUCCUGAUUAUCUGUUUAUAGUGGCUGCUUAUCAACCAGGUAGCUGUGAAAUGACCAGCUCAUAUGAUGUACGACCUGAAGCAUCAACUUACUUUAUAUUAUUAAAUGAAUCAGUUAUUUAAAAAAAGUAUUUUCCUAAGUUAGUCUGGAAGAGUGGGAGUCAUCUUGUAUUUUCUUAAGAUUUCGUAGUAAAUUCUGUUGCAAAUACUGACCUGUUUCUGUGUCCUACUGCAGCUUCAGUGGUUCUAUUAUUUACUAGAGUUGGUUGUCUUUUUUAGACUUUGACUUUGGUUGCAAAGAAUUGAGAUAGAGUAAACACUGAAGAUACUUCAAGAGACCAUGUUGCAGCAAGCAAGAAAAUACUGAAGCACUGAUCCUUUUUUUGCAGGGUUUGAAGUGUUAAAGAUAAAUGAGUCGAGCAUGGUCUCUAUAUAUACAGUUAUAUACAGUAUUCAAUAUACAGUACAUUCAUUUGAUAAACAGCAUGAUGCAGCAUCUUGCUUUAGCCACCAGGUGGCCAGAACUGCACAUUUCCUGACCCUUGCGCGCACACACACACACACACACACACACACACACACACACACACACACACACACACACACACACACACACACACACAUUGCUACUUUUCAGUGAUUUAGCUUGAACCUUUGAAACUUUAUUGGGCUCAGUUUUUUGAAGGUAUGUCACAUGAUGAGAAGAUCUGUGUUGUGUGAUCUGACUUUGGUUGAAUUUUCAGAAAUAAUAGGAUUAAAAUAGUACUUUUUUAAUGUGAAGGUAGGAGAGUACAGUGAAUUUGAAUUUUAUGUCUUUUUUGUGCUUCAUCACUCUCGAACCACAGCCAAACAGCUGAUCUAAAUGGCUGUUCAUGCAGAGUUUCGUUGGCCCCUCCUGUGAUAUUUUGAGAUUCAGUCACACAUGAAGUUUUUUCACCUCUGCUGCUUUGAAGACAAGUUCCUCUCAGAUCAGAUUUCUGCGUAGGACUGUGCAGUUGGCAAGUGUUUCGAGUGUGUUGUGCUUUUCCACUGAAACAAUACCAUUUUUCCCCGAUGAUGUAACUUCCACAUUUGGACCUCUGGUUGGGGCCUGAGCGAGUUCGAGCAUUGUGUUCCAGCGAGCCUCAGGAUGUCCUGUUGGGGGGUAGGGGGGGCUGGACAGGAGAGGUGGAGAUGUUGCAGCUCCGAAGGGUAACGUACUGUGAAUGGUGGAGGCUACUGUAUCUGACCUGGGGUUUAGAAGAGGCUCCCAGGGCCCCCGGGGACAGUGGACCUCGUCAAAAUACCUUUUUUUUCUUUUAAAUGUCUCUGACAGAGUGUCCUGGGUUUGAUUCAAACUAAAGAAUUUUACAUGGAUUUAUUUUUGGUUUCCCCCUCCUGGAACAUACUCUGGAUCACUAAAGGACAGGGACUUCUCCAACAGGAAGUAAAAGUUUUGGACUGAAAAACUGAGUUUUAGUCCUGCUGGUGGCCAUCAAGACCUCUUAUUUCAGUGAAAAGCCAGCCAGCCGUCGGAGAAAGUUUGAGGUGAGUAAUUGGUAGUUUUGCUGCUCUGGAACUGUGUCAGUGUCCAAAAGUCCUCCAGGAAACUUGGAUUCAAGUGCAGAGGAUACGUGGGUGUUGGUUGUUGGUGGUCUUGGUUUAAAUUAUGUAUUGGACACACAGAAAGGUCACUUCACUGAGUCAGUUAAGCUUCUGCUCAAUAAAAAAGAACAAACUUUGGGACCCACAGAAGAAUUGAUUGAUGUUUAGUGGCGUGUUCAGAGUUUCCUUAAUAAAAAAGUGAGUUUUAGUCAACCUAAAGUGUCCACUGCCAAUGACCAUCAAGACAUCCUGUUUCUUUUAAUGUGGAGAAAUGCUGGAGGAAGUUUGGAGGUGAGUAAUUUUUUGCCGUUGUUAGAGCAAAUCCUCCAGGAAACCCUGAUUCAUUGAAACCCUGCGACAAGAGAGUCUUCUUUGGAUUGGUAGAUGUCUGUAGCUCUUCAGUUCUGUUGUGUGCCACAUGAUUAAAUAUUUAUGUGUAAAAGGUGAAACUGUCUGCAGGAUGUUUGAGGUCUUUGAGGAGACAUCUUGGAAUUAAAAGAUGUCUGUACUUCCGUGUCUUGGUUUGAAUGAUGUGACAUUUACAUGGAAAGGUUUCCUAACGAAUCAGUGAAAUGUCUCUUUUUGGAGAAGGAAACAUGGAUUUCGCAGAGGAUGUCAUUCUUUCAGCGUUCUGACAAAAGUUUCUGGACUGAAAACUUUGAGUUUAAGUUAAUUUAAAGUGCUGACUACUUCUUGAGAUUGCUUAUUGAUUAAAACUGCGGAAGAAACGUUUGUAGUGUCCCAUUACCACUCUUUUGGUUUUCAAAAGUGUUGUAAAGACAACCUCCUCUAUUCAAGGAUGGCAGAGGAGUCAUGUUAUUCAGUAGAUGUUUAUUGUUUUUGGGUCUUUGGCCUUGAGUGAUGUGUCAUUGAAGAGUCGGUGAAGCUUAUUCUGUGGAUAUUGAAACUACCAAAUGACAGAAAAAGUCAUUUCUGUCUCCUUAAAGUAGCUCAUACUGGUACAAGACUUGUCUUGUCUGUUAAACUCUGAGAUAAGAAUAUGGAAGUUUUUUCUCUUUUGGAAGGUUUAUCUGAUAUUGUCCUAAAAUCUUGAAAAUAUUGCAAAGCAGACACUGAACGGGUAUCUUUUGAUUGUACGACAUCUUUGUUUUUAAUUAUUUGUCAUAUAACUAAUGAUAUAAUAAUGUAAUAUACCUUUUUUUUAGGGGGCCAAAAGGUCUAAUUUAACUUAAGAUAAAGUGUCAAAUACUGUUCAUAAAGAAGGCAUAUAUCUUAGAUUUAAUAUUCAAUCAGAGAAGGUUUUAGGAUGACAAUAGAUAAGUUUCAGCAUUUUUUGAAGGUCUUCAGAAAUCUUCUAAAUUGGUCCAAAAAUCUUGACAUUAAUGCCGACAGAUGUAAAGUGGCUCAUAGUUUUUCAUUUUUUAGGAAGAGUAUAAGACCUGAAAUUCUCCAGACUCAUGUGGAUUUAAUCUUGUUACUCUUGAAGCUUCUUCAUAUUUUUUGGUACUAGCAGUAGGGUGUCAUGUCACGUAAAGGAAGGUUGCUUAAAAAGUCAGUGUGAGGCUUUUUCUGCUAGAUGAAGGAGCAUGUUUUUUGAAGUUUUUCAGCAGUUCAUUUCGGUUUUUAGACAGAAGAACCUGGUUUCAGGUGCCCUUAAGUCAUGACUGCAGGUUGUGACUGGUUAUCUCUGAUAGAGAAAAUGCUGAAUGAACAUUUAAUGUGUGACAUGAAAAGUUUUUAGCACAGUUUCAGUCCGAGACAGCUUUCCAAAAAGCCUAUAAUAUAAUGUUUAACAUCUUUCAAAGUAGCAUUCUUGGGGUUUAGUCUGGAUUUUUAGUUGAAAGUCUCUGAUUUUGAUGGAGUCUUAUGUAUGAAAAUCUGAAAAAAAUCUGGUUGAAAAGUCACUCAGGUACUUAUUUGAUUUACCUUUUGCAAAGAUGCUGCAAAAAAAAAAACUAAUGAAAAACAGAAACUUGCAGAAUAAAAUCCCCUGAAAAAGUUCUAAAUUCACAGUCAGAAGGGGUUUCUGGAAGAUGUCCUCCCUGAGGAUCUGAACUCCAGAAAUCUCCAUUGUUCUCCUGAAAAGGAAAGACAAAGGAAAUCAUGGCGGUGGCUGAUCGCUCUGUGACAUCACAGAUUUAUUGCUCAUGUUUGGGCCAGUUUUCUGUGCAUCUCUCGCUCUCUCUCUCUCUUUCUCUCUCUCUCUCUCUGAGUUUAUUUUCUCUCUGCUGGGUCAGAACAGGAAGUUUACUGCAAGGACUGAUUACAGCCAUAUUUACUGGACUGUUUUUCUGCCAUUCUGCGCUCAGUCAUCACUGUGUUUGGACUCUCAGCAGGAAACUACUGCCUCUCCAGAUUACAGCCAAAUAUACACACUCUCAGUCAGUGCUUAUCUCCUCUGAUUUAAGGUGCAGCCUUGUUUUUGGAUCUCUCUGAGGGGCUUUUCCACUUUCCAGUGUUUAAAAAUACUGAGUGAAUAGUUCUUGGGCUCCCAGUGUGGUUUAAGGAGUGCAGGAUGACUCAAAAGAAAUUUUAAUUGACGUCAUGCACAGGAUGAUGAAUCACGCCACCAGAUUCCUGCCUUAAAAAUGGCUAUUUCACCGGCGCCAGUGCAGGAUGGGCCCAGAAUAAAGGGUUGAAGUAUGAAGUUUGUAACGAAACUCUGACUCUGACAUUUUCUUUCUGUCUGACAGGAGUGAACUUUAAGGAGGUGAACCAGGAGAACAAACAGAAGCUCUUUGGAGAGAUCUACACAGCUAUCGACACCUUGGCGUUCACCUUUGGAAAUGUGUAAGUAUGAUGUCAUCACUGUCAUUCCUACAGUUCAUUUUUAUUCAUUAGAGUAUAUCACAGUUCAUGCAAAUGCAGCUGACAUUCCAUUUCUAAAAGUCACUUUAAAUUUAGAGCAGAAAAAGCUGAUGGUCUGUUAAAGAGCUGCUGUUAGGAAUCUUUGGACAAUUAAAAAACAGACAGAAAUGAACACUGGUGCCUCUUCAUGAUCUACAAAAGUGAACUAGACCAUCAGAGGACAGAUUGUUUAUAUGUUUGUAAUUUUAAUACCUGUAACACCUGCUGUAGUGUAAGGGGACAGCUGAGACAAUCAAGAGAAAAUCUUCUGUGCCUGCCUUGCGUCUCUGUCACUGGGUCGCACAGGUAGUUGAGUUCUUGUGUACAAAAACAACAGGUGAAAAGUGUUAACACUUGCAGUAUGUACACAGACUUAUAUUUGUGUGAAGGACGUAUUUGAAUGUUUGCUGAAAGUGAAAGAAAAGAGAGAAAAGAGAGGAAAAGGGAGAAAAAACUUACCAUUGAUUAAUUACCAAACUUCGCACCUCCAUUUCAUACUGUGCCAAUAUUUAUAUCUGAAAUGUUACAGACAUUUAAAUUGUUUAGCUCAAUUAAAAUAAUGUAUAGAUUUCACAUGCAUCCUGUUGAAAACCUGGUCCAAAAAACAGCUUAUUCUCCAGGAAAGACCACUAGGACUUAUCUAUAUCACUUGUUGGUAUCACUUGUUCUCCAUGGGGGGAGAAAUCUGCAGAGCAUAUCCAGGACCUCUGCAGCACAGCUUCUCUGUGGCUCUCCAAAAACCCACCCACUGUUUCUGUAGUUGGAAAAUAGAAGAAUGAUGAGCUGUCAUUUUUGCUGGUUGAGGUGUAGCCACAGGAACAGCAGACUCAAACAAAGAUAAAUUACAGGCAGAACACGGUGAACACGCAAGCUCAUGUCAAAAAUGACACAGGGAUGAAUUUGCCCUGAGGCAAAGUCAGCAGUCGUGUUGUUACUCACAUAUUUUGUAUAACUGGUUAGAUAUUCAUUUUUUAAUAAACACCAAAGUAGAACCUGCUGACUCAAUACUAGUAGAACAGUAUCAGAACAUUUUCACAUAUUAAAAUGAGAUUGGAAAAAUAAAGUUUUAAUGCAGUUUGAAUAUUCUUAGAUAGUUACUCGAAUGUAAAUAUGACCAAAACAUUGUGUUGAUUUAAGUUAUGAGUCUUUAGCUGGUUAAAAGUUAAAUUAUGUGGCAUAGAUGACUACAACUUCUGCUUUUAAAAUCUUAGCUCCAUUUUUCUCCUGCUGGUUUCACAAGAAAUGUGCAGAGCUGACUGAUAUGUGGUGAAUAGUUUACAUCCUUCACUCUUCUGAUCACUCAAAGCACUUUUACAUCUCAUGCCACAUUUACAUACCGAUGGCAGAGGCUGUAUUCACACACCACUGGGUGCAGCAGGUGGAGUUGGGUGGGGUCAAGUGUUUUGCCUAAGGAUACCUUGGCAUAAAACAGCCAGACCUAGGAUGGACCCCUAACUGUCUGACUGGGAGAAGAUCUAACUCUACCACUGAGCCACAGCCGCCCCUGCAGUGGGGAAUACUCUUACUAUUGACACAAAUGUCACCGCAAAAAACAAACGAUCUCUUCAAGGAGAUAGGAAAAGUUUUAAAAACAGACUUUUGAGUUGCAUUGUGAAAACAGGAUGCUGAAGUACAGGAAAUUAAGCCCUUUGUAUUCCCAGGUUUUACUGCUUUCUUUUGCUUUAUUGAAGAAGUCCUCUUUUUAAAACUUGAAAAUGAAACACCCAAAUGAUGAUCCCUAUUUUUGUCCUGCGUGUGUGCUUCUUUGAUCAGUUCUUGUUGUCUAUUUCUCCUCAGAGUGUCUGACUUCCUUAUGGGAGAUGUAGAGAAUGGAUCAGUGCUGGGGCUCCCCCUGAUGAAGAGGAGCAGGGUAAGACAAGUCUAACUCUCCAGUUUUUUAAUUUUGUAUUUGUAGUACGUUGUUUUCCCAAAUCAGCCUCUGCAGACUCUCAUUAAUAUCAAUCCUAAAGGAGGACUGACAGUGUGUUUGUUUGUUGUGCCUCCAUUAUCCUCGAAAUACAUCGAUCAUUAGUUAAUCCUGUGUCUCCAGGAUGUGCCCUACUGCCCCUGGAUUGUUAAACUAAAGAUACGAAACAUUACCAAGCAGACUGCAGAGGUCAGAAGUUAAGUUGACACUCGCAGGUUGACGCAUGUUCCAGAAAUGGACUCCAGCGAUGAUGAAUUGAUGGGAUGAAUUGUUGUUUUCCUGCAGUAGGUUUCAUAACAGCUCUAAAGAGGAAGUGCAGUUCAAAGUGAGAUAGCAGAGAGUGGCGUGCUUUAAGAGGGGAGUCUAUCCUUCUUCAUCAAUUUAGAUUCUGUUCUUGUCAUGUCUUAAAUUCAGUCUUUCGAGAACGUCUCUGUGGAAUCUGGAGGAUCCGGUCCAGAGAAAGAUGAUCCGCCAGGUAAGACACAGAAACACACACAGACGCAUGUCUGUGAGAGGAGGAUAAUAAAAGUAAUUCAGGAAUAUUCAAGUUUAAACUUCUUUCAGUCUUCAGGAGGUUUCUGUGUUUGAAAAUUUUGGCCUUAUGUGUUCUAUGAUCGCUCCACAAAACUCUUACUGCUGCAGGGUUGAUGGGCCCCACUAAAGUCCUUGUUUUGCCACUUUCAGGCUCAGAUUGUUUCUCUGAAUGUCUUACAGCAUUACAGAAAGGGUCUCCUCAAAUGUACUGUACAUACUCUUGUUUUGAGAGUUUGAUCUUUUUUGUCUUUUUUUUUUUUUUUUACCUCUGAUAGCUUUCACAUCGUUUUCUUUGACUCAUUUGGAGUAAAACACUAAUUUUACCUCGUAAAACACAAGAGUUAGUGUACUGCUGCUUCAUACAGAUUGUGUUUUGGUGCGUGUUUAUCUGUCUAAAUGUCAGUCGUAAGUCUUAGCUCUAGAAUUGCUACAUGGUUAAACAAACUGCCAUUACUGUUAUCAUUGUUGUGCAGCCAUCUGCCAAUAGCUGGGCUUUAGCUCAGACUAAUGGACACUGCCAUCAUGCUCAAAUUCUCUAUGACCUGGAUCUACACAAGCAAGCACAGAUGACAUUUGAUCAGUAUCUCUGAAAUGGAGAUCAGAGCGAUGUGUGUCCAGCCCAGACAGGGUUUUUCUGUCAUAUUUUUGUCACCUUAUUGAAGGAUGGCUGAAGAGAGGGAGGAAAUAGAGGGAGUAGAGAGCAGGGAAAGACAUGCAGCAAAGACAUCCAGUGACUGAUGCGAGAGAACUAUAGCCUCUAUAUUAUGGGGUGCUAGGACUUCAAGGCCAUCGGCUACCUGCUCCUUAUUUCUCAUAUACUGGCAGGUCUGCUUUGGCCUUAUUACAGGACUCGAUGUUACUGGUGCUAGCUUUUCAUAAUAACAGUCUGCGUAAAACUCUGAGUGUUUUAGGGACAAAGAACUUUGGUGGACACACUUUGAACCAGUCUAGCAUUAUGCCCAGUUACAGCCAGUCUGAAGGACAGCUGAAAGAAUCUACAGAGGCUGCAGCAAUUAAACACUUUUUUUUUUAGAAACUAAUUAGCAAUUGAGGCCCCAAAGGAGCUGAACAGUGAGUGGAUUUAUGAAGUGUUUCUCUAGUUUCUUAACCACAUGGAGUGUUUUUAGGCUACAUUUAACAUUCAUUCAUUCACUCACUCACACCAUUGAUUAUACAGGAUGUUAUACUAAGCAACCAGUGCUAAUCCUAUUCUUUUGCAUUUACAUACCACCAGCAAAGCCACAGAGCACUUUGGGGUUCAUUUUCCCACUCUUGGACUCUUCGAAGACACUUCAGCUGAUCAUUACAUUUUGCUUUAUUAUUAUCACGGUCUAAACCUGUCAGCAUGAAUCCCUCUGGUGGUCCCUCUGUUCAAGUGGUCGUAGCAGACUCACAGUCUCUGAAUUAGCCAGUAUAACACACACAUGUGGUUAGUCGUGUUUUAAAUGAGGGUUGGUCAUUUCCUGUCAUGUUUAACUGUCAACAUUGACGUCCUUCAGGGCCGUCUCCACCCAUGCAGGCGGAGGAGGUGGACCGGACGCUGCAGCGACAGGACAGCGGCGUGGAGUCAGCGCUGCUUUACGCCAAGGCCUGGUCCAAAUACGCCAAAGAGCUGCUGGCGUGGGUGGAGAAACGUCUCAAUAUGGGUGAGUGGGGGCACAGGUGGAAGUGGGAUUUCUAAGAGGCAGCUGAAUGGCAUCUGUCAGUCUGCUGAAAACACAGAGGGCUUUAGUUUGCACAAUUUAUACCAACUUCUAGAUGAAGUUGUUCUCAACUGGUUUUCCAGUUUUAGACUGAUUUAUCCUGUUUUUGCCAGGUUUCUUGUUUUCCAGAUUUUAUUUCUUUAUUUGUUUAAACAAAGCCUCUGACAGCAACAGGUGGCUAAAAAUGUCCAAGAUUAGUAUAAAUUCCUCACACAGGUUUUUAGACCUUUUCUUUUUUUCACGUCACACUGAGCUGAGAGGAAUGAUAUUAAGACGGGAUUAAUUGGGAUUGAGUUUCCUGAGAAAAUGUUCUCCAUUACCUGAGCUGGAUUUAAAACAAUGCCGUUUUAUUCAGGCUGAGGCAGAGUGUGCAGUGUGAGGGCCUUUUGUUCUGCUCACCAGUUAAUGAAUACUUCAGUUUAAUACUUAAUCGCUGAGCGAGUCAACACGCUGACACUGAGCGCUCAGUCAGCCUGUACAGUACUGCUGUUAUCAGGCAAACAGACAUGCUAGUUUCACAUGUCUGUUCUGGUUAAUGCUUUCUUUACUCAUUGAUUUUAUGGAUUCCUCUCAGAGACACUUGAAAAUGUUCACCUGAAAAUUAUGUUAGGUUGUGCUGUUCAAAAGUUGAUGCAAAAUGAAUUUAUUUCUGCACACUGGAAAUACUUUCAAAUGCACAAAAUGCACAAAAAGCAAAAAUGCAGGCUUUUGGAUGGGAUUCUCUAAGUUUAAAAUUUGCAUUAUGCAUUCAUACCAUACAUCAUACUAGGGCUGGGCGAUAUGGCCUCAAAUCAAUAUCACAAUAUAUUGAGCAGUUCACCUCGAUAAUGAUAAAUGUACGAUAACUACUCCACAAGCUGCUCAUCCCCUCCUACAUGAACAUUGUUUACUUCAGCCGCUACAACUUUUGAACCAUCCUCCAUCUCCUCACCUGUCUUUCCCUCUUUGUUACGGACUGGAUGGUGUGGAGUCACGUCUCUGAUGUAGGACAGCGUCUUAAAGGGACAUGAGACUAUAACCUACCCACACACAUCCAAAACCAACUUUUAUUUAUUUAUUUAUUUUUGACACUGAUUAUAUUGACUUGGGCAAAAUGACGUUGACUAUUGUCAUAAAUUUCAGUAUCUGUAAAUUUUCAGUUAAUCGCCCAGCCCUACAUCAUACAGAGUAUCAGCUUAUGAUGGCCACAAAAACAUAUCUUCGGUGCCAGCCAAUAACCCUCUAUGCAUCUAAAUCUCAUAUUUGGGGUUUGCCUCUACAAAUGGCUGUGCAGCUCAUCUCCACCUCAGCCUCUGCUUUUUAUGCUGUGUUUGAUUUUACCAGUAUCAUAUGUGUUGGUACUGUCGCCGCUGCUCUCCCUGCCUUGGCCUCACAUGUAUGCACAUGAAACAAAAGAAAGGUGUUCUCUCUCUGCCUCAAACAUAUGCUGUAGAAGGACAGGAAGCUCACAGAAACCGAGCCAUUCCACCAACUAUAACCUAUUGCAUAUAAAAUAGUUUAUUUUCUUUGACAAGAGUGGUCCAGACUAAAGCUUUUGGUUUUUUUUUGCAGAUAUUGAGUGUGCAAAAAGUUAUGCAAAAAUGGCCGAAUCUGCCAAAGCGCUGGCAAGUCAACAGGUGAGUAGUUUCUCUUUCCAAGUGUUGCUGCAGAUUUGCUGCUUCCUUCUUGGCUGUUGGGGACUGACAUCAGGACUUUCCCCUUCUCUUUGUUUCAGGAAUUUAUGCCUUUCCGUGAGACCUACAUGACGGCUUUCAAAAAUGACAUUGAGUACAGCCAGCUGGUACUUCAAACAGCAGCAAUACUCCAGAGCAACAAAUUCAUGCAGGUAAUCUAAUCGAGUGAAAGAAGCAUUUCUCAAUUGGGACUUUGGGAGGAUAAUGGAAACAAAGGACUUACUGGCAGUGUGUGUCGGGGGGUUAUGUGUGUGUUUCCAGCCUCUCCUGACCAGAAAGAAUGAGCUGGACAAACUACGAAAGGAGGUCAAGGAGCUGUGGCAGAGGGAGCAAAAGAAAAUGGUGAGUUGAUUAUCACAGUGGGUGCAUUUUGUAGAGGUAGAGAAACAGAGCCUGGAGAUGUUUACUCUCCUGGGGACUCAGUUCAAGAGUGCUCUUUAAGUGCCUCAGGGUCCUACACACAUGAGAGUGCACAAAGAUAUAUAGGCUCUGCUUUAAGCAGCUUGCAAAGAAAGUCAGUCUGUUCUGGUUUAGGACAGAAAAAGCAGCGAAAACUGAGCUCCAAAUACUGAUCAUUUUAAGUUAACACCAUUAACCAGUUAAAACUGAAUAACUUUUAAAUUUUAAAAAGUUUUUUAUGUGAAUAAAACAAAUCAAAGCUGCUUCACCUGUUAGAAAUAAAAUAAACAUGUAGUUAUUCUAAAAUGUAUAAUUAUUGUUCAAUCUUUAGACUACUAGAAAUUUAAAUGGUGAGUUUUAACACUACAUUUUUUUGUUCAGUUAAAGGGCUGUGCAGGUAACCAUGGAAAUGUUUACAAGAUCCUUAUUUAUUUCCCUAUAUUUUCAGGCUUUUGUCCAAAUCACCAGCAGAUAAACUUCUUUGUCUGUGUAUUUUAUUGAUAUGGACAGAUUUAGUGGCAUCACUGAACCCCCCUCCUUUAUUUGUAUCCAUGUGUCUCUAGAAUGAAGCGGACAGCGCUCUUAAGAAGGCUCGGCUGCUGCAGGCCCAGCGGCAGGAGGAGUAUGAGAAAGCCAAGGUGUCCACCAGCCGGCUGGAGGAGGAGCACAUCGGAGGAGGAGGAGGAGCAGCGGUGUUCAAACAGCUGGAGAAGAGGCGGCGGCUGGAGGAGGAGGCUCUGCAGAAGGUACAGUUUUUAGUGCAUUUGAAAGAACAUGAACAACCCUGACAAAACUGUAGUUUUUUUUCCUUAAAUGUAGUAUCUUUGUUUGGAAAAUAAAGCCCUGAGUUCUGCAGAAUCCAUACACUCCACAUAUCCAUACAUUAUACACAGUGUCAGUCAUGCCUUUAUUGGAGCCUAUCAUCUCUGGUACAGAUAUAAAAUUAGGUAAGCAGGUAGUUAAAGUUGAUGAUGUGAUUUUCUUCUGUCUGCAGGCUGAGGAGGCCAGCGAGCACUGCACAGCCUGUCAGCUGGAUGUGGGCGUGAAGAGAGUGGACCUGGCUCGGACCAAGGGUGUCAUCAUCUCUCAGAUCAGAGAGAUGGUGUCUCAGUGCGACCUCACCUUCAAAGCUGUAAGUUCUGAAGCCCUGAAGCACUGAACAUAUAUCCGACAUAUAUGACUUCACUCCAUGCUAAAGAGGAAGAACUCUGUCUUUGAUUCCUCAUCUCAGGUGACGGUGAACUGGUUCCAGCUCCAGCAGGCUCAGGUUGUCUCUCUUCCCGUCAACCACCAGACUCUGUGUGAAAACGCCAAACAGUACGAGCCGGGCCAGCGCUACAUCGACUAUGUGAGGAGUUUACCCACCGAUGGGCCUCGCCUGGAGCCCCACUCCUUUGACUUCAAUGUCUCACAAAACACAGGGUGAGAUGACUAAACCGACACAUGUUCAGGGACCUCCAUCAGCAUUGUUUGGUUUGAGAGUGAUUUAAGUCAGAUAGUCAAGGAAGAGAUAAAAGUUUCCUGUUUUCCAUUUCAGAUAAAAGUGAACUCUUUUGGUAAAAUAAUCUUUUUUUCCUUCAAGACGUCCCAAAAUAAAAUGAACAUUUACGGGCAGUCCAAGUCAUGAGGUCAUUCCCCUUAUCUGAAUAUCAGCUCCAAAUGAAGUGGACUCUGGCUCCUCAAACUGGAGUAUUUUGUCUCAUUUGAACCAUGUUUGCCUCCUCAGUUAUCAGUGUUUAUGUUUACUCUCUCAGAUUUGAUCAAGGAAGUGACUGACUUGUUUUUUUGGACAGAUGAGGCUGCGGCUCUCACAGGAGUUCUUAGUCACAAAGUCUUUUUUCUUUGGGGACAUAAUCAGUUUUUCCAUUAGAGGUGUUUAUGAUUUUACAAAAAUAGAAAUAUUUCAACAGUUUGAGGCACAGAAACAUGGUGAGAAACAUCCGUCUGUUUAAAAUAAGGAACCUAACAUCACCUGUUGGUUUGUGAACAACAGUUUUAAAGCCUCAUCCUCUGCGCUUUUGCUGCCAUCUUGAUUUUUGGGGUCAGCCAUGAAUGUUUUUGUACGAGAGGGUGUUGUUGGAGGGAAGCAAGGGAUUAGCAUUUGUUGCAUUACUAGUUAAGCCAUGUUUCAAAAAUGAUAGUGGAAUUUUCCUGAGUAAAAAAAACUGUGUGUCAGACUCCUUGGGUGGUCUGUGAGUCCGACAUACCGCACAGCAAGACAGAUUGUAUGUCUUACAUUUAGGCCUGAAACCAUGUCAGGUUUUUACCUCGCGGUUCUCAAAGUCAGAAGAACGAGAGUGAAAAUAUUACUGUGAAAAAAACAACAACAAAAACAACUAUAAACUUAACAAAUACAAAAUGACUAACAUGUGAUCAUUGUACAGGGUCCUGAGGUAACAUUUGUAAUGAACGGUGUAAUUUUGUGAUGUAAAUAAGUUUGAUAGAUGGAUCUUUUUUUUUUUUUUUUUUCAAGUUUUAGGAUGAUUAAGGUCCAAGAUGAAGUUUUAACUGCGUCACUCGCCCUGAGACAGAAACUUCUCCUUAAACUAAAAGUCGCUCAUUUUAAGUUCCACCUCAAAUUGAGUUUUUCAGACCUCCCCUAGUGGACAUCUGAGGAACUGCGUUUUUUUCUAGCACUUAAAUGUAGGCUUUCCUUCGGUUAAAUUCUCUCUGCAGAUUGUAAAUCCAGUAAAAUGUGGUCUUCAGUAGUCUUUGGUGGAGUUGUAGAGGGAGAAGCUUGUUAUGGAAAACUUCAAACAUUGAUGUUGGUCAGAGCUUCCUGUGGAAAUGACUGCAGUCACAGGAGAGGGAGGGGGACAGAUGACCAAAAAGCCUUCAUUAGCCCUCUAACUGAAUACACAUCGACUCUGACUAACAUGGAAAACCUGCUGGUAUUUAAUAUACUCAUUAAUGGUGUUCAGCUCUGUGUAAACCUUUGGUCCAAAAGAUUUGGUUUCCUUUUAUAGUGAGCGUUGUUAUUAGAGGUCUGUGGUCACACACACACACACACACACACACACACACACACACACACACACACACACACACACACACACACACACACACACACACACACAGAAAAUAAGAGCUUGCUUUGUUCUGUCCACGUUUGGUUCCCCUCUCUUCAUCCCCCCAACUCUGAUCCCUCUGAUCAAAAGAGCUCAGUUUUGGAAACAGGAAAUGAAACUUCACACACUCACACACACCCACAGCAUCAGCCCUGAAAAGGUUAAAAAUAGCCCCCUGACCUACUUUCUGUGUUUGGUGGGAUAUAUGGAAAAACUUUAGUAAACAAUGGUCAGAAAAUGUAAACGUAUGUCAGUCACAGGUCUGACUGAGUCAGCCAUUGUUCAAGUCAUAACACAAGGAUAUUCAGGCUGGGCUGCUCUCAGGCAGUAUCAUGUAGGUAUUGGAUGUAAGCUAUUCAGUGAGUUUAUGUAGAUUUUUAUGAAGUGACACUGUUAUGAAGGACAGUGGGCAUGUGCAGUACUUGAGUUAAAGAAAAACUGCUUAACGUCCUGUGGUUUACUUUAUGGUUUAUCAUAACAUAUUACAUCAUAUCCUGUCUCAUUAACUGUGUGGUAUUGUAUUUAUCUUUAAUUGUUGUAUCAUACCACACUGUAUCACAUCACAUCAUUUCAUAUCAUAGUAUACUGUAUCAUAUUAGUAGUAUGGUUAGGUAUGCAGUAUUUCAAUGUAUUGUUUUGUUUUGUUUUGUUAUAUAUUAUAUUGUACUGUAUUUGUAGGGAAUUGUAUUGUCUGCACACAUUCACCUGCCUUCAAAACUGCAGUGAUGCGAUCCUGAGAACGUUUUAAAGCUAAGGAUCAGACAAUUCAAGAGACAAAACACAUGACAGUUUUUCCAAAGUGAAAAAUCUAGUUCUUCUGCCUCCAGCAGGCAUGAGUCUAAAAACCUCUGAGAGUUUACCAGAAACAUUUUAUAUCUUUUUCUUCCCCAGACUUCCUCUGAACAAGCGCUCACUGAGUGCCAGCCACUCCUCUCACAGCAACCUGUCCCAGGGGUCUGUGACCUCUGACCUUUGUGCAGAAGAUGUGGACAGUCCUGUUAAUGCCCAGCACCCCAAGAUCGCAGAGAGGCGCUCCAACAGCAGCACUGACAUCCAAGGUACGCCGAUUUCAUCAGAGAGGAUGGAGAAAUUUAUCGUAUGCCUCUAUGUGAGGGGGUUUCAGUGGCUCCUAUAUGAGAAAAGCAUUUCACAAAUACAAAAAUAUUUCAUUAAACAUUGACUUUAUUUCCACAAAAACAUGUCUUUUUGUCUUUAUGGCACUGACCUUGGCUCCCCUGUAGGAAAGACAUUGAAAAAGCUAAAAUACCAAGAACAGUUGCUCUGUGUGUAUUUUAAAGUUUUUUAAAUAGGUCUAAAGAUAUAAGGUAACUGAAGUCUUAAACUUUCUUUUUGUUUUGUUUUUCUGAGCAGAUCUUCUCAGCUGGUAUUAAGCUAAAAGGCGCUUCAGUGGCUAAUGGAAUCACAACUUUAAAGGCCUCUUUAGCUUAAAGGAGAGCAGUAAGCUCAAUAGGUAAACAAUACCAAAGCUGAAAAGGUGCCAACUGGCUCUUUGCCAAGGGCGUGCGUCAAUCUGUCAAUGUUCAUGUGCCAUUUCAGAAAUUUGAUAUGAGCAUCAAACAUUUAGAAAUCUUUUUACGUCAUCAAAGAAGAAACCCUUUUUUUGUUUAAGUCUUCAAGCAGAAGUUGACCACAAACAACUUUCUGACUGAAAACAUACUGCUAAAUCCAGUGACCGCUUAAUAACGUGUUUUCUGCAGCUCUUCGGAUCCAGGCCCCGUUUCGUCCCUGGGCCUCGGCCAGUCAGGGUGGAGGGAUGUGCAGCGACUCUGAAAGUGCUGGAGGGAGCAGCGAGUCCCGGUCCAUGGACUCACCCACUGCUAGUCCAGGUACAUCUGCACAACCGGACAACAAUUUUAUUUCUGUUUACAGUCUGUUUCCUAAAAUCCACCAUUAUCCUUCCUCCAUCCGUCUUUCUUUAACCAUUUUCUCAAGCUUUGAGUCAGAUUCAACUUCGGCAAACUUGGAAAACUAAAAAAAAACAAAACAAACAAAACCAAGCAGGUGUGAAACAUUUCUGUAACGCUAUUGUACUCAGUGUUUGUCUUUACGUAAUAUUUAACUCACGGGAAAGUUAUCUAACAACUUCAAUCGCUGCAAGAAUCUCUGUGAUGUGACAUUCAGGGAGCUUAAACACCUGAACUUCCUCUCAGCGUUUAUCUCCACCACUCAAGCGUGAAAUCAGAGUCACCUGGUGGCCCUCAGUCCUACACAUCACAGAGCUCUUACAUCAGGUCUAUGAGAGUGAUGUCACCGAAACCACCCACAGACAGAGGUGAUAGACAGGAGGGACAUUCCUCUGCUCUGACUGCUUCCUAAAGUUAAAUAAUCCCUCUGAAGGUGAUGUUCACUCAGCUUUUAGUUGCACGUUAUCUCAGAUUUAACAACUCCUGACACUGAGACCUCUGUUAAACAUUAUGUAACUCACAGUGUCUGCAUUACGCAAAAACAGAUGAAAUUAGUCACAGGUACAGGUGAGGUUGGGCUGAGUGUAUCAUAGCGGGGUGUGUUUGUGUAGAUCUGCAUCCUUCGCACCUCAUUAUCAACUGUAUUAGUCCCCUUGCAAAAUUUCUGCCAAAAGAAUAUGAAUUUAAACCAAGUUUCUCAGCUUUCCACUUCUGCUGUCUUUAUUAUCUUUUCUUCUGUUGCAUUUAUUUGCUGAAAACAUCUCUAUUCACAGUGCAAACACUGGGGCUGUUGCGCAUUACUCACACCUUUGAAAUCUGGAGGUUCUUUUCCCCUGCUCUUUCUCAUCGCUGUGGUUAAAAAAACAAAACAAAAAAAAAACAUGUUUUAUUUGUUGUGGGUGCAAUUGUUUGGUCUUACCGUGACAUGCAUAACUGUGCAGGAGACUUCAAGAGGAGAUUACCAAGAACCCCCUCCACCGGCACCAUGUCAUCCGCUGAUGACCUGGACGACAGAGAGCCUCCAUCUCCCUCUGAUACAGGUGAGUCAAAGCAGAAGAGAUUUAAAGCCCAUUUAAUAUUAUAUUUCAUAUGUCGUAAAUCACUGAGGUAAGACACAUGAAAGUAAUGUCAGAGUUUUCAAAGAAACAUACAAGUGAAGUUUGAGGUCCUGAUCUGCGGCUGAUCUGCAGAAAAUUUGUCACUUGAUGAUGAUGAUGAAUUUAUCUACUUCGGACAUGUAUGCAAAGAAAUAAAAUAAUAGAAAAAAAUGUCAUUUACAUACAAAGAGAGGGGAAAAAAAAGAAAUGAAUUAUACACGUUUGAAAAGGAGUAGGAAGAAGUAAAUACUUUAUAUGUUGUGCUGCUGUAAACUGACCGGCUGUGACCCUGAGCUGCAGCUGCUGUUUUCGUGGGUCACACGGUAACAGAAAAAAAACUGACAAACACAUUUUUUAUUUGUGUAAUAUGACUUAGAAUGAAACCAAUGAUGGUGGUGGUAAUUUAUUUACAUGUCAUUCACACAAAGAGCACACUCCUCAUGGCUACACAAGACAUCAAAAGUCAGACAGAGUCACUGAAAAGUUUCCUGUUUAUCUACAGCUCAGCCUGUAAACAUUCCUUAUCCAGAUGCAUGUUGUCCUCAUUUACCUGUUAUAUUUUUCCACUGUGUCAUUUUGAAGUCUGAUUCAAAUAUGUUUCUAUAGAAUGAUUCUUCCCUCUAAUCAUUCUGGUUGUUCUUUAUUUCUUCCUCUUUGCAGGACUGAGUGAGAUGGUCAUCGAGACAGCCAGCUCCCCAGGGCCCUUCAGAAACACUCAGAUGUCCAAAGCUGCUCAAACACACAAGCUGAGGAAGCUCAGAGCUCCAUCCAAGUGUCGGGAGUGUGACGGCCUGGUGGUGUUUCAUGGAGCUGAGUGUGAGGAGGUAACCUUGGUUUCUUUUCUUCUCUCCUUUGCUUAAGAACUAAGAGAACUAAACGCCAACCAACCAUAAUCCUCUGUUUGGACCUUUGGUAAAUAAAGUGAGGCCAAAGCAUUCAGAGAACGACAAGUCCAAGACGAACACUGCCAAAGUUUCCAAUGGCGUCUUUAUCAGUCGUGGUGAGCAGAAAUCAAACACAAACAAAAGAGAGCGACCACCUCUGCCCUCAUCAAAACCUCCGAAUUCAAGCAAAAAUUUAAACUGGCCAAAAGUUUUCCUUGGGGACCAAAUCCAGUGGAGAACAGGCCGUGGAAACUGAAGACCUUUUGUUAUCUUCUGAGGAGUCGCCUUCAUCAACCCUGUGCCCCCCGCUGGUUUACUUUAGAUCCAGUUUCUCUCCAUAUUUAUAAGAUGUUCAGAUAGAAACAAAGCAGUUACUGGAAGAGUUUCAGGGUUAUGUAAUACUGGAGGACAUCUCUGUAAUGACCUCUGAUGAUGACUGAACAUCAGUUGUUGGGAUUUUCAUGCCUGUAUUUACAGGAUAGGACAGUGGGUAAGGUUGGAAGAGAGAAAAAGGAUGACUUGCAGCAAGCCACUGCAGGUUGAAUUUGGCAUGUGAUCAGUGAUAGUGGCAGUCAUAAUAACAUACGUCUGUCACAAACCCGAGGCUAACAUCGCACCUUUUUGAUAUACAAUACUGUAGCAUAAUGAAACAUUUAUACAGGUGUACAGGAUGCAUUGCACAUUACAGAUGUACAGAAAAAGGGAAUUGAAAAUACAUCUUACACUCCAUUUUUCGCAGAAGCUAUUAUCUUUCCAUUUCAACAGAAACAACAACACCAUGACGGCAAAAUACAUCCUAAUGCUAACAAAAAAAGCCCAACUUAAACUAAACCAAACAGAAGGUGAGUCCAAGAAAGACAGGUCUGAAACCAGACCUAAAGUAAACCAAGUAAAACAUACAGGAUCAUUCUUGAUAGAAUAGGACAGACAAAAACAGGCACGAAAUGUUUGGAGCCAAGUGUUAGCACAGGGAGUGAAACCAGCAACCUUUUUUGAACUAGACUUCAUUUAAAUAGUUAAAAUAUUGUUUUUUUUGGUAACACUUUACAAUAACCAUAAUUUAUAAAUGGUAAAUAGAUAGUUAAUCAAUUUUAAAUCAUCAUUUAAAACCAGCAUAUAGACCAAUUAUAAAUGGCAAAUAGAUAGUUUAUUAAUGUAAGUUAAUGGUUACUUUACCAUUAACAAGCAAUGAAAUUUAAUUCAUAAUUUUCAUUAAUUAUUAAUGGACUAUUUAUUAAAGGUUUAUAUAGGGUUUAAAUAAUGGUUGUAAAAAGUCUAGAUUUAAAUGUGUGCCAGUAGCACUUUGUAAAUGGUUAAUAUUUGGUUUUUAAACUAUCUAUAAACAUUACUUAGAUGGUUAUUGUAAAGAUGGUUAUUGUAAAGUUGCAACUGAUGUUUGUAAUACUUUGUAAAUGAUUAAUAAGCCACCUAUAACCACCUAUAAAUAUUACUGAGAUAGUUUUUGUAAAGUUAGGGUUAGGAUUAUGUUUUUAAAAUUGUAAAACUUUUUUUAAUUUACUAAUGGUUUAUAUGCUAUUUAUAAAUGAUGAUUAAACAUUAAUAAACUACCUGCUUACCAUUUAUAAGUUAUGGUUAUUGUCAAGUGUUACCAUUUUUUUUGGACUGUUACCAUCAAAUCACCUAGAAAGAUUGCCUUGCAGUUGCAGACAUCAAACCUGAAGCCAAAGCUCUUCCACUGAUAUUCAAAAUGUCCAACACAGUGUUGCCUUUAUAACUGAGCUUCAUGUCAAUCUGUUUCCAGUGUUCGUUGGCCUGCCAUAAGAAGUGCCUGGAGACUCUGGCCAUCCAGUGCGGCCAUAAGAAGCUCCAGGGGCGGCUUCACCUCUUCGGCAUCGACUUCACCCAGGCGGCGAAGAACAGUCAGGACGGUAUCCCCUUUAUCAUCCGCAAGUGCACAUCAGAAAUCGAGAACAGGGCGCUCAAUAUCAAGGUAGUUCAAUUGAAUAUGAAAGAUCAAAUACAGAUGUUGUUUUGUUUUGUAUCAUUCUCCUCCAUAUCUUUCAAACAUACUCUGUCACCACAAGGACAGUUGUGUUAACUUUUUUUUUGUGUGUUUAUCAGCAUCUAAAGUUAAAAAGUUUUUGCUGUUCCUGCUGGUUCUGUUAGUUUUCUGUCAUUGUGGUGAUGCUGUGGGGGAAAUACAUGUUGAAUGUUGAUUUAUUGUCUCUUUGAAGGGUAUCUACCGUGUGAAUGGUGCAAAGUCUCGAGUGGAGAAGUUGUGUCAGGCGUUUGAGAAUGGAAAACAUCUAGUGGAGCUCUCAGAGCUUUAUCCCCAUGACAUUAGCAACGUACUCAAACUCUACCUGAGACAGGUGAGCUGGUUUUCUAUGUCCCCAGGUGAAAAAAACCCCAUCAAACCUGGGCCCUAUUUUUACACAGUCUGUGAUUUAAAGGCUUCAACGUUACAGGGUUUAAAUUAUUCAGGUUGCUUCAGUCUGCCGCCGUGAAAUAGGCUUUUAUGUCUUCAGUGUAUCUCUUAAGGGCAAAUGCCUCAAAGUUGAUCUAGAUUCAUACCAAAGGACUGCAUGUCACACUCACGAGGUAUGGUUAAGGGAGUUUGAAAUGAGAUUGUAAUUUUUUUACAGAAAUUACGGAUAAUUUUUAAACAGAGAGACUUUUUCCCUUCUUUGUUUUUUAUUAAAUCAAAUCUGAAGAGUCACAUCUGCACAUCUGCAGUUUUAAGGAUUCUCUAAAUAUUCUGUUUAAAGCUUUUGCGUUUGCUUUGUGUCCGGAAAAACACUGUUAAAAUGUACUUGCCUUGCCUAUUUUGGUGAAACAUGAAGAUGAUUAUUUUUAAGCACAAACACCUGUCACGUAACUCUCUUUCUAACUCACAGCCAAACUGCAUCAACAAGACCAGCUAUUUAAAGCUUUACAGAACAUGAGAGUUGCUUGUCUGCCUCUGCAGUGUCUCUCUCUGUUAUCACAUGGUUGAAAAAAACACUCUGGAUCAGCAGCAAACAUGUGAAAUGCCAGACUCACUCAGAACCAUUAGAAAACUAAUAAAUGAAGGCAGAGACAGACUUUCAGCUCCUGUAACCUGCAGGAUAGAGUUUCUUUAAGUAGAGGACAUGGGAGUUGGUGGUUCAGUGAUACCAAACCUUGUUGUUUAUAAUGCAUAGGAAUAUCUAAAAUAGCACCCCUGUCCCACUGUUUUUACAUGUUAAGUAUGGAGUAGUUAUAAAUGCACUCUCAUCUGCAGAGGAUUUAUCCAAAUAAGGAAGUUAGCUGGUUAAUUUUGUCCUCCACAGAACAAAGCUGCUGCUGCUGUAUUUAUUUGUUCGUGUUUAUUUUGGUGCAGAGCUCCAAACUCUCUCUGUCUAAUCUUAAACACGUGUCUAUUUCUGUCCCAGCUGUUUAUUUACUCACAUAUUUCAGCUGCCUCUGUUUAUUAUUCACUUUCUUGUUUUCUUUUUCCUCUGCAGCUUCCUGAGCCGCUCAUCCUUUUCCGCUACUAUAACGACUUCAUCGGUCUGGCGAAGGAGAGUCAGAGUAUAAUCGUGGAAGAACUAGAGGCGCUGCGGCUCGGUCCGACCCCUGUUACCCCAGCCCAGGUCAGCGUAGAUCUGAACCGGGUCCUCUUCAAGAUCAAGGACCUGCUAAAGCAGCUGCCACCAGCUCAUUAUAAAACUCUGCAGUUCCUCAUAGAGCACCUGCACAGGUAAACAAGGCAAAAACUACACAUCUCUAGUACAAUAAAAUGAAAAGAAAAGGCUCUUCAGAAAAUCAGGGUAUGAAUAAUGAAGAUUAAGUUUAAUUUUUAGGCACUUUUCAGUAAAUGAAAAUGAAGCCUGAAGCGCUUUUCUAAGGAAAAAAUACAAUUUUAAAGAAAAGGAAAGAGCCACUCACAGAGGCCGUUUCUCUCCUCAGGGUGUCGGAGCGAUCAGAGGAGAACAAAAUGACAGCGAGUAAUCUGGGGAUUAUCUUUGGUCCAACGCUGAUCAAACCGAGGCAGGCGGACGCUGAGGUUUCCCUCUCUUCUCUGGUGGAUUACCCGUAUCAGGCCCUCAUCAUUGAGCUCCUGAUCAGACACUACCAGAUGGUCUUUGACACCCCACUUAGUCCCCUCUGCACCUCCUCACCCACAGAGAGCGACACCCAACCACGCCUCACCCAGCAGGACAAGGAGCAGCAGCUGAGCCGGCACUCUAAGUCCCUGGGAGACAUCAAGGAGGUAAAGAUAAGAUUGUAUAGUUAGAAUAAUGGUAAACUAAUGAACAUUUGUGCAUAUGAUUUUCAACAAAACAUUUGACUAUUUACUUUGUUCUUGUCUGUUUUCCUCUUACAGCAGAGCUCUAAGGCUUAUAAGAGGCAUUCCUCGAUUAUUCCCUCAUCACAUCUGUUGGCCGAAGUUCAGGAGACGAUGCCGAGCCUUGAUGGAGCAGGCUUUGAACCCGGUCAGUAUUUUUACACAGUUAGACUGAUGAGCUCUAAUUUUUUUUUCCAUCUGAUAAAAAAAAAGCUUCUUCUUUCAGGAUAGUAUGGUUUUCCGUAUUACUGUAAAUGUUAACCUGUGAAUGAUUUAACAAUGCUGCCAAUUUGUGUACCAAUUUGUGAUGUACAUAGGUUUAAGAUUUGAUAGAACUUUAUUGAUCCUUUUGGGGAAGUUUACACAGGGAAAUUAAAAAAAAGUAGCCAUAAAGUAACUUUGUUUAAUUUUAAAAGGGUUAAUUAUUGUGCACUUAAAUAAUCUUAUAGAGUCAUAUGAUAAAACUGAUAGAUAGAAACAAAAAAACAGACAAACAAACAAACAUUCAUGAUAAAAAUCUGUGUUUCUCCAGCACUUAACUUGUGAGCCAAGUUGAUGCCAAAAGCAGCUCAGAUUUUGAGAGUUUGUCGAUCAUUGGGUCUCCAACAGGAGUUUUAUUGUCUCCAAACUCCAAAACAGACAGGUCCAGUCAUUCAAACGAGUCCAACACUAAAAACUGGAUUUUUAUGUUGAAAACGAGAACCAGCCUGGACUGCUAGCUAAACUGCCACUACUUGACAUCUGAAUAAUUUGGGAUUUUUAUAAGCGGUACAGGUUUUCUGCAAAGUCCUUUACCUAUUGGCAAGAGACAAACCUGCUAAUGAAAACUGGUGCAGACACUGGAUAAAGCAGUUUCAGGUCCAAAAUUAGGGUUUCUUUUAUGCUCUUUGACAAAGUUUUGGGGGCUUCAAGCUGAGCUACUGCUAACUAGCAAACUUCAAUCUUUUGUUCAAGUUUCAGGAAGUGGCUGAUGUUACCUGUAUAGAAGUAGUCUGAUCAUUUUUGAGUGACUGUCUUGUUUAUUUAAUUGUGGAGUAAUGGGCUCUGUUCUAUCCAAAUCCUCCUUACAUAUAAAUGACAUCCCAAUCCAGCAUUAAUUAUUUUUUGUUUCCCAUUCAAACUGCAGGUAACUGAUUUUACUUUUAUUUUUUUCUCUAUUUCUAGCUGAUCAAGUGGAUUCACAGACCUUCAAUGGAGUUUUGUCAUCAAGCAUCCCUGAAGCUGAGAAACCCGCUGAAGGAGUCCUCCGUCGUUACCAGCAUAACACCAUCACUAGAGUCCAGCUCCGACAUCCCCGACACAAACUGUCCUCCCGGCCAAUGAGCAUGCCAGCGGAACAGAUUCACAACCGAGGACAGGUGGACGAGAACAACAGCAGGAACAGCACCGAGCAGGAAGAAAGGAAAGGAGGAAGCUGCGACCAGUCCAUCGAAGAGGUGGAUGAAUCUGAGAGUACUAAAUCAAGAGCGGGGACACAUUACCGGAGUACUUUCAUCGACACCCAGACUUUACGUAGAACAUGGGACAAACAGUACAAGCAUGAAGUUGCUCCUAGAAGUGUCAAAAUACUGGCCACUUCACCUCCAGAGAACACAGGAGAGGAUGCUAGCGGCUUAUCAGCGUCCAUGCCGCUUACUUUCUCUUUUGGGAGCACUGUUAGCAACCUCUACCCAAACAGACCGUACACGGUUGCAGUGCGGCCCAGCAGGACUUUGAGACGGGAGGACAAUGUGACCAAAUACAACCCUGUAACCACAGCUUUCAGGGCUCCCAGAACUCUCCAGCCUCCACCGGGGACCUUCUACAAGCCCCCACCGGGGAGCAAAGCUAAAACACUGCAGAAAAUUUCUUUAGCUAACAGUGCUGAGGAGGAGGAGGAAGAGGAAGAAGAGGAAGAUGAGGAAGAUGAGGAUGAUGAGGAUGAUGAGGAUGAGGAUGAGUUGGGAAUUGAGAUAGAAGUGUCUGUGGAUGAGCCUCUAGAGGAAGAAGCAGAGCAUGCGGCCAUGUCACAGUCUCCCAGCUCCAGCCCUGAGGAACUGGGCCAAAACCAGGCCAAACCAGUUUACCCGAGACUGAGGCCCAGACGCCUGCAAGAGGUGGAGCACCGAGAGGCUCACUUUGUGUGA